GUCCGUCUCAGUAAGUCAUUAAGACUGAGACUGAGUCCACAAAAAGUCCAGCAGUUAUGUAAAAUAACCUAUUUCCCGUUUCAUUCGUGUGUAUGUACCAGAUCAGAUUUUCUAGAAAUAACUGGAGUGAAACCAGGCAGAGAUGCACAAAAAUGUAGACAAACGUCAAAUCUUUUUCUUCCUUUUUGGCUGAGCUUUGUUUUAACAUGAACCUUCCACUUUUGAGAGGACUAUUUUUUGCAGCGUGUUAUAUGCCCAUAAAACAUUCAUCUCUGAAGGCUCUCUCUCCCUCUUGCUCUCUCUGCUCCGCCAAACGCACCUCGCUGCCCCGCCCUCACUCUCCACCUCCCCGCGGUAAACGCACACUGACGCUCACCAGUGCGGCCGCCAUCCGUGCGCAUCCACCACACUUUUCUCCGUCUACUUGGGAAAUAUACAAGCGGGGCAGGUGAUCGGACUGGAUAUGUGCUGCGAUUUCACAAACAUGGAUCCGAUACUGAUUUUUCGCCUGAGUCGUUGAUUCUUCUGAUACCCCACUUGUGCUUUCCACACUUUGAGCUCUCCUCUUGGAGCUGUUUUUGCGCGUCCUAUAUUUUUUUGGGGAGGUGUCGACUGCUGGUGGCGAGUCUACUGAUUCCACUUUGGAUGUUUAUUUGCUGACUAUUUUUGAAUACCCCCGUCCAAAUGACUGAGCUCGGGUGCAGCCGGAGACGUGGCUCCCCACUCGGGAAGACCUACGGCUAAAGUUUCCAGGGAGGGUGCUGGGCUUGCUUUAGGCUGUCCGUCUCUUGCCGCGCACGGGAUUUGCAAUUAGCACAAAAAUUGCAAUAAACAGCGGAUAUCCUAUCCGUCCGCACACACGCUGGGAUUCAUUCCACUUGGAUUUAAUACAGCGUCUGGAUUUCACCCCUAUCUAAAUCAUGAAGACCGUAAUUAUUGAUGGUGAGUACGCAUUAGACGAUAGGACAUGUUUGCAAAGUUUUCACAUAGAGCUGACAGGGGGAUCCUGCUGGGUCACUGCGCAGCGACUAAACCCACAUUGAGAUAAAUCACUUGUCCUGAUUGGAGUUUACUCUGCUGGCUCCGCUGGGUUUGCAUAAACUGCUGUAUAAGUGCCAGAAUGCGCAGAGGCACCUUUUAAUCUGCACGGUAACACAUUAUUAUGGUGUUCUCUGAGCGGAUCUGACAAGCAGCGUCAAUAUCAGUUAUGGAUAUUGCGGCUGUAAACGACCUUGACUUAGCCGCUCUUAAUUGAGCCGUAAUUCACAUCAGAUAUUGCGCGUGCAACCUUUGCAUGUCUGUGCGCGCGCGUGACAGGCCGUUGAGUGUUUGUGGCGGUCAAUAUGCUCCGUAUGAUAUCGCAACUUAACCCGGGCAUCCGAUCAGCUCCGCCUGGACUCGGUGGGAUGAGCUUUUGAUGAAGUCUGCAGAUGGUCCGCUUGGCGGCCCAAUAAUCCCGCGUUUACUCUCCAGCUCCUUGGCUUAUAAUUGGUGUUUUUGUGGCAACGUCCCACUCUGGGUACCGCCAAAAAAGACAGGAAAUUGGGUCUUAAUGUAGCUUUCAACGACUGGACCUGGAGCUUUUCUAAUGAGGACAGGGAUGCUCCUCAAUUCCGGCCGGAUACAGCAAAGAUUUUUUGUUUCUUGGCAGAAGCGGCGCAUGAGCCGUGUGUGCGUGUGCGCGCGUGUGUGUGUUGUGCAAGUGUGUCCUGAUCGGUGGAAGGAGGAGGGGCUGAUAGGAGGAAGCACCUGGUAUGUCAGCGCAUGUGUGUGUGUUCCUGCACGCCUGAUUGCGCUCGUGCGUCUUUAGUGUAAACAUGUUCAGUGCAGCGCAGACAGAAUAGGUCUGACACGGCACGUGAUGUUUAAUAUGCAGCACCAGCGCGAAAUAAGUGCAUGUAUGCAACAUCCAAUUUGUUCCAUCAAGAGCGCGUGGAAAGCCCUUAUCUCCACCCUGCCCCACCCCUGUAAACACACACACACGGUGAUUACGCAACGUGCUGAACUCUCUUCCUCACGUUGUUCAUUACUUGGCUAAAACUGCAGGAUUAUGGGAAGAAAGCCGCAGAUUAUUGUGGGCCUACAGAGUAACUUUGCAUCUCACGACGAGCAAAAUCAAAGAGGCUCGUCUACUCGUGGAUUCUCUUUGAUAUGUCACAGGCUGAUGCAAAUCCAAGUGCACACCCUUCUUCAUUUGCACAGAAUGGCUCCAGGUCUCUCAGACCCUUCAGGCAGGUUUUCAUCAUCCAGCUGCAGGUGUGAUUUAGCACCAGAAUCCUCACACACACAGACACACACACACACACACACACACACACACACACACACACACACACACACACACCCUAUGUCUGGCUGCAAUUAUAAUUGGUAUCCAUCCUUCAGGUUCUUGAUUUGGCUGUGGAGAAUACGGCCUGUCGCGUCUUGUGUUUGAGGUGUCACAGUAAGGGGAGACUUUAAUUUGCAAUCUUUCUCACCCAGUCAGCACAUGAUCAAAUGACUCUGUGGGGAAGCUAUUGCUUGGGGGAGGAGGAGGGGGGAGUGACGCUGCUCCCCGUCUACUGCCAAGCAGAGCCAAUAAAGCCCCAAAUGAAUGGAUAAACCUAUUAAAGUGGAACUGAACACUUCCUCAUCAGGAGUUUUAAACCACUACACAAUGAGGACGUUUAUUUUUUUUUUCUUUCUCAAUUAAUUCACUUUGGUGUUGUUUCAGCACCACUGUGCCAAAAAAAAUCUGCCAUGUUCUUUAGCAAAAAUAGGCCACAAGAUGCAGCAUUUGAGGUGGUGAGAUAAUUGUUUUGAAGCUGUAAAGAAAAAAAGAAAUCACACACACACACACACACACACACACAAAGAGUAACAAUAGCUCAUUUGCAUAGCAGCAUUAGGUGGGAUCAAGCAUCGUGCCAUAAACUGAUAAUGAGACACGGCAUCUUCCGCAUCCUGAAAGGGAAUGUGAAAUUGAUCCAUCUUUGUGUUUUGUUCGGGAGUAUAUAUGCACACAGAGGGGGGGCAGGGAGGACUAAUGUGUGUGUGUGUGUGUGUGUGUGUGUGUGUGUGUGUGUGUGUGUGUGUGUGUGUGUGUGAAAGAAAAAAAGAGGCGAGGAACAGAGACGGAAGAAAAGGAGAAUGCAUUCAAAAUUGAGAAGUAUGAAAGUUAUGUAACUGCACUAGACGUGUUUGUGUGACUUUCCAGAUAAAGUGUCUGUUAUCACAUGUCAGUGCUUAGACUGCAUGGAUUCAGAAAGGAAGGAAGGAAGGAAGAAAGAAAAAGAAAGAAAGAAAGAAAGCUGCAUUUUUCUUGCACGGUGACUGGAUCUGGUGAGCUCUCCUUGAGUUUGUUUCUCCUCUUAAUUGGCACAAGGACGGAAAAAAGAACCAAUAAAAGCACAACUCUUUUCUGCAGGUGUUCAAGGGGGAAGCAUGUAGGAUUUCUAACUCCCCACAGCACAAAAUGACCAUAAUAUAUCUGCAGCCAGGAAGGUUGUUGAUCAAUACCACUGACUCAUUGAUUACUCUGCCAGGUGCUGAGAUUUCUGGCUUUCAUUUCUUGCUUUUUCACACUGACUUUCAAGACCCUCCCAGUCUCCCCGGUCUCAUUUAUUCACCUCUUUCUGUGACUUUAACAAUUGAGGAUGGUGCUGUGAGCAGGACCUUUCAGCUAUGAAGACUAAUAAGCCUCAUUACCUGUGCCAGAGGCCUGAGCAGCUCCAAGAAGGCAAGGAGAUAAUAAGUUCUGCUAAAUGUUGUUGCAGUUCUUUCUGGUCACCAAUAGAGGCUGAUAGAGGUCUCGGAUUAGUCGUGAUGAAGUUCAAGAAGUCAAGACAGCUGAGAUGAGUGUGUUGGGCUGUAACCCAAGACAAUUUUGAGGGUAUUGAACAGAGGGUUUCUAUGGAGUGAUCUGCAUUUUAGCAAGUGAAGCUUUGUCUUCUUGGCAGUUGUUGUAACCUGCACACAAUGAGGGUUCAGAUUGAAAGAAUUUAUCAUUUUCAGGUUAUAAAUUAUACUUAAGGCUCCCUGCCUUUCUACACAUGUAUGUGGAGCAACAAAGUCUGAAGCAAGGAGAGCCACCUUUCAUUAUAAAGAGUAUUUACUGAAUUAACGUUGAAAUAAUCUGUUUUUCUUUCAUAGCUUAGCUAUUUUGUUGAUAGGAACAUCAAAUCUUGGUUUUCUAAAGCCUGGAUAUCCUUCUUUUGAGAACUUUGUACAGCUCUGUUAUGAGAGCUUCCUGCCUUUCCACCUGCAAAUGUGGAAUAUGCACACCUCUCCUCUGUUUUGAAUGCAUACAUGAAAAACCAAGGCGGGGUGAACAGCAGCAAAAGCUCCAUAGGUUACAGGGCAGAGCAGGCAUUAGAGGUAAUACAUAUGACUCCGGCAACAAGAAAAGGAGGAGCUGGGGUGGGCUACAAAGUGGUUCAUAGGGGGAGCAGAAAUUAGGUUGGAGCAGUUAUUUAUUAAGCAGCUGGAUGUGUAGAGGGUAAUCUCCGCUCUGUCAGAUGAUCUGGGUUGAUGUUAGUACCAUGUUCUAAGACUGACUUUUUGGCCUGCCUGGACUAACACCAGACUCGAUUUUUAUCAUCAUUGGACAGCUGAACAUCCAUAAUGGACUGAACAAAAAUGACUGCAUGAAUCAAAAGGACUAAACUAUGUCAACAUCUUAUCAAAUAACAGUCAAGUUUAUUGGAUAUUGAUUUAGUGAGGACUGCAGUGUUAGCUCGCGUGAAAGUUUCUUGUAACUGCUGAUAAAACAACACUCAGACUGAAAUGGAAAAACCAAAGUUGCGAGAAUAACUGAGCAAAGUUCAGAUCAGAAUAAAAGUAAAAGAAACACGCUAAGAUCUAUCUCAGGAGAAUAUUUCACACGUACCCAAGCAAAAGAAGAUUAAGAGCUGAAGUACACUGUGCUGUCCAUCGACACAAAAUAAGUUUCCUCAUUCUUCAAGAGUUUACCUGAUGUAGAAGCUUAUAUUUGUUAUCCUUGGAGCAGAUACUGCAGGGUUAAACACUAUCACAAAAAAUCCUGUUUCCUUUUAAACCACAUGAAAAUAUCAUCCUGACAUUAUGAGAUUGUUGUAACUGAUUCUGGGCCAAUUGAUAAUGAUUCACAUCCAGUUCAGUUAUAUUUAUAUGAUCAGUCACCCAGAGAGAUAUCAUUACAUAAGACAGCCAGAAACCUUAGGAACUUUUAAUAUUCCAGUUAAAACAGUGUUUUUAAUUUCAAUGGGGGUUGAACUUUGAGAGCUGAUGAUGAUUCACAGGAUCAGAAACUAAUUCUGCGGUGUACAAAUGGUGUUCAGUGUAUGUUAUUAUGGAGCUGAAACUUGAGGAUCUGAUUUCAGUCGAUGCUUAUGAGGAAGUUUGAGGCAGAUGUACUUAGCUGUAGAUGUUCAACUUUGUGUAUUUUGUGUCUGUAUUUGAGGCAUUGAGUUUUUAGUAAAAAGAAAGAAAGAAAAGUUCAUUUUCAGUGUUUUAAAUGUGCAGUGUGUAGGAUAUCAGUGUCCUUAAGCAGAACAGAAUUGGUGGACUACUAAAGUUAUGAGUAGGUUCAGAAUGAGGCUUUAACUCUACCGAAGAGCAGAACCCCCUCCAUGGAAGCUGCCAUCUUGCCUUGCUAUAUAUAUAUAUAUAUAUAUAUAUAUAUAUAUAUAUAUAUAUAUAUAUAUAUACAGUAGCUCAGAAUGGAAAAAUUAGUGAGGAUGAUACUUUAAUAUUUAAUGGUUGGCUGUAUGAAAAGUGUUUUAUGUACCCAAAAGAGUUGCAUUUGAUGGCAUCACAGGACUUUGGUCCCCAGUGUUCACCAUCACCUCUGGAAUUUCACUAAAAGGAGGGGUGAGCAAGGGAGCACGGCAAUCUAACAGGCUAAACCCACAGGAUCCGGAAUGGCUAUGUUCCGCUCCGGACCAGCAGGCAGAUCAGAUCCGCAAGCCUACAGCGCCCACUGGAUCCGAUCUGCCAUUGGAGAAGCACUUGCAAGAUUACCGAUAUUUCUCGUGAGACUGAAUGAGAUCUCGCGAGCUCUCACGUGUUUCCCCGGGAGUCAUAGAAUAAGAUCCGCUGAUCAGUGUAUAUAAACAGCGGUGUAUAUAAACACCCACAUCCCACAACCCUGGCCUCUCCCAUUAUCAAGAGAAGAACAGUUCAAUGUAUUGACUUUAUUUUAUUUUGAAAAUUAACCAGAUAUUUUACUCUGUAACCGACUAAAACUUCCGCUGCUUCUCGUGCUACACUGCACUGAAUUGAUGCGCUGUGCUCUGGCAUUUGGCAAAAAUAGAAGCCUUGGGUAUCUGAUCGGGCCGCCGGAGCCGAUCCGCAGCGGAGCCGGACGGAUUCUGUGGAAUGACACACAUUGAUUAUAAUGCUUGCUGAUUUGAUUCGCCGGCUGUGCCGGAGCGGAGCGGAGCCGUUCCGGACCCUGUGGGUUUUGCCUGUAAGUAAAAUAGAAAAAUUUUUUACAAAGCAAACCUUUAAAAAAAUAUUAAAGUGUGCAUCAAAAAAGACAAUUUCAGUUGAAACUGAGAUAUAAAAAGAGGAUAUCAAACUCAGACUUUUACCAAUUUCAGCCCUGUAUUGGCACUUAAGAUUAUAAGCGAUGGUUCUUAUCUUCCAGCUUCCACCAAAUGCCUUAAAAGUCAAUUUAUCUUGAAACUGCUUGAGGGUUUUUUUUUAAUGACAAUGGUGUCUCUUUCCAAACUCCAGCUCAGUCCCACAAUCACUCUCAAAAUCUCAAAGACCCUUCCUGGCCGUGCUGUCCCUUUAGCUUUUAACCUUCACUUUUAAAUAUAUUGUUUUUAAUGGAGUUGUGCUUUUAUUUCAAUGUUACAUCAUACAGCGUAGUUUAACAGGAGACAGCUAGAGAAAAUACUCAAAUUAAAGCAAUACUGCAGGGAUGAUCACAUUGUAUUUACCUAGCAGGGGCAGACCAAACGGAGGGGUGCCAGAAAUUAGACCCCUGCAGUGAGGACUACAUAUACCUAGAGUGGUUUGUCAAAAUACUCUCAUUCAGUGAACUAGAGCUCAGUACUCAUGUAUCUUCAAGAAACAAUGUGUGCAAACAUGAAAAUAUUUCGGAUUCCUUUUCCACACACCAUCUUGUGAGCCAUUGUAUUCAUAUUUCUCAUCGAUUGCUCAACGUCUGAAAGGAUGAAGCUGUCAAUAUUUGAUGCUGCGGAGCCUCGGCGGUGUUAACGCCUCAGCUCCAGUGACAGACUGCAGCAGGCGACCGGAGAGUGGAUCUGCUGUGUUCACUGCAUUCUGAUGAGCGCGCUCCUUCAGGGGCUUCUUUUAAUUGGCCGCACCCUUCAAGUAUCUCUGCAUUUGUUUAUACAGCACAUGCAAACACACACGCAGAUGCCCAGCGAUGCAUGCAUGCACACACACAUACGUGGGUACUCUGGCCUCGGAUAUCCUUGGAACAAUGCACUCUAGGUUAUCCCAGCCUACCAGCCCUUCACUGCUGAUCAGAAAGACAGAGGAACUAAGUGGAUAAACGAGGGAAAAUAUUUGUUUAUUCAGAGGAAGCUAAGGGGCGAAAAUCUACAGAACGCAAUAGAAAUUGAAUCCACUAUUCCCUCAGAUUACCAGUCCUUAAUCCUCUCUGUGGGUUAUUAUUCCAUACUGUCAGAAUGUUUGGAAGGACAAUGAUCAGAAAAUACUGCGAAUAAGCUGAAGUCCGCUCCUUAAAUAAUAACAGGAGGAGAAAAUGAGCGUUGUCUGUUAUCUUCAGGAGGGUGUGGGAAAACAGGGAGGACCAGAUGAAUUAGUGUUAUGCAACUGUAGCGUUGUUAAGCGGGUGUAGGCUUUACAGGGGGGAUUUAUUUAUGUCUACUUUUUUUUCUUUUUACAAAAAUCCACUCAGACACUGCCUGAUAAUCCCUUAAAGGUGCCUACAUGAGACUCUGCAUGACAGAGCAGAUCAAAAAUCUCAAUGCCCUAAAAGUAAGCAUGCACAGGUUAUGCAUAAACAGCAGAGCUCCAUUCAUGUAUGCACCAGCUGCCAUAGGCAACACGAAAGCCCUGCCAUCAUGGGAGCAAAUAUGCAUCUGUUGAUUCCAUUAACACGGCAAUGACAUUAAACUACUGCAGCUCCCAGCGUGCAAAAACAGAGCCGGCUAAUUUGUGCAGCACGUUGGCCAUCUCACUUCACCGCACAGUGUCUUCUUUCAAUCUGAGGUUUCAAGGUUGUCCUUGGAAGUGGCCGUGGCCACAUUUCUGUGUGUGUAUCUAUGAAAGUUGCAUGCCUUUUCUAAUCCCCGUGCAGAUGUGAAAGUGUGUGGCGAGCUGGCUGAACGUGGAUGAUGCUGAUUAUACCACAAUGGGGAGGCUGACUGAUGGCCUAGUAAAUUGUUAAUUAGACAGAGCAGAAGCCGCUCUUAAAUUAGACACAUGAAUGGAGCCGUUGUCAGCCUUAUAAGUCAACCCUGCCCUGCUCCUCGUCUUGCAGGCUGCUGUGCCGCUCAGAUAGAUAAAGUGACUGACUGAUUCCAGACCUGAGUACAGAGUCAUUGAUCACACUGUAAGGAGGAGGGUUAGUGCAACUGAUUAGCACACAAAGCAAGAUUGAUAAACCCUGUACGUAUGUUUGCUUUUCUAAUAAGGCCUCGCAAUUCUGUUAUUCAGGCAGAAACUUGAACUUGAGUGAGCAUUUGAUUAAAGCUCCUUCAGUUUUGUGUCAUUUUGGUGCCCCUUGUGGACAAAGCAGUCCUUGCUUAUCUCAUCCUCUACAUGCUUGAGUAGCAAAAAUAAAGAAAAAAAAAAACAACCUUUUAUUCUGACUCUUGAAGGUCGGAUAUAUAAUUUUUGUGCAUAAUUUAUUAUGGAAAAAUUAAAAUCAGGCCCACUGACACCUACCCCCUCUGACUGCUUUCAGGCAAGGUUUGGCAUAUUAAAUGUAAAUAUCCUUGCCUUGAGGCUGAGUUAAAUUCACAUCAUCCUCCUCUCAGAACAUGAUCAUAUUGUCCUAGUGUUGGAUUAGGGUUUAUUUGAAAGAGUCAUAGAGACUCAGUGGUCACAUUGAGGCAGGUCCAGCAUCAGUAAACAUGGAGGGCAUUUUGGUAUAAUUAACACAACAUCUUUUUGACUUAUGACCUUCUCUGAAGUCUGCACUCAGUCAGUAUUGGCUGCUACACCCAUCGCAGCAGGACUCUUGGAUGUCUGGCCAAAUAUUUUGGAGAUUUUGGAGAUUUUUUUUUUUUCUCUAUAUACUCUGGUAUUUUUAGCUGUGUUGAACUCAUUAGUGAUUGUGACGCAAAAUGGACUCACCAGUCCCUCUGAUCAUUCAGUGAGAGUCUGCGUGUUGUUAUUAGUUUGCAGACUCGACAGAUGGAAGUCAGUGUUUUGAUGCUGCAUCGUACUCAAUCCUCAGCCCCAACUUGAUGAGGUACUUAGGCCUACAGGGUCAUCUUUCUCUACUGUAUGCUCUGAUGUCGCCUCUUCUUGCCCUCCUUAUUUAUCUCCUCUAAAGGACAACUACACAAGGACUCCUGUGACUUGCACAAAAGCAGCAUAUAUGUGUGUUGCUUUCCUGCGAAGGACAAAGACUGUAAGGUGAAUUUAGUGUCUGCAUAUUUCAGCAAGCUUUCAAAAGGCCCUUCUGCAGUGUGGGGUGAAAGAAAAAUGCACCUUGAGAUUACAGAGUCAGGAGCACACUUAAUGACAGAGCAGGCAGCCACUCAGACUCACAGGCCAGAGUACCUGGUUGGAAAGGUGGAUGAAUGGAUUGAAAGAGGGGUGGAUGGAGGGAAGGGUGAGUGGAUGGGGUGAUUGGUUAGAUGGACAUUUGGUAGAUGGUACAUGGAUGGAUGGAUGGAUGGAUGGAUGGAUGGAUGGUAGUGAAUCAUAAAGAAAGGUCACAAACUUAUACACAUCAAAUCCCCUUUUCACAACCACCAGUGUCACCUCUUGCUGGCCAUGAAGAAGAACACAUAUUGAAGGUAUUUCUCUUCACUUUUUAUAUUUUGAGGUUGGCAUAUGUACGCCUGUCUGAAUUAAUUCCACGUGGUGUGUCACAAGGCUCAAUCCUUGGACCACUACUUUCUUUUAUAAUAUAUUAGUGACUUAUAAGUGACCAAAUCUAAAGCAUUGUUCACUUUAUUUGCUGACGAUUUCAAACAUGAUGUUUACACCUGAAAAACAAGUUAAAUACUAAAAAGGAAUACUGAAGUCAGCAUUAGGAUAAGGCACUUUGCGAGUAUGUUCUAUCCUUAAAUUUUUCAUUGCACGUUUUUUAGCAUAGAGUGUAUAUACUUUGGACAACUUGGUCCCGCCUUCCAUCAUCAUAUGAAUCGAAACUGAAUUUCUCUCUGUAUUUCCGAGAUUUUCUCCACUUCCUGAAACCACCACUCGCCCACUAGCGUUGUGUGCAUUUGGCAGGAGAGCCGCAGAGAGUCACUGUGAUGACGCUCAGCUCAGACAGCGUAUCCCCCCGGUGAGCUAAGCAAUCUUCGUACACCCAUAGGCUGUAUCAAGUGUCAAUCAUAGAAAACAUGAACCCCCUAAUAACUUUUUAAAAAUGGAGCUGCACAGAAAAAAAGACGACUUGAGCACAAACCAGUCUUACAGUAACUACAUGUCAACAUCGCAACCAGGGGGAAGAAAAAUGUAUAUUCUGUGUAAUAAAUUUCUAGAGUUUGUUCACAGGGAUUGCUGAAGGCGGAAUUUAUGACCUAUACUGAAGCCUGUCACCAGACGGUGCUGUUCUCACGGUGGCUUCACCCAGUGAAGAUGGCAGAUGGCGUCCUUUCUAUAUACAAUCUGUGGUUUUUAGUCUGGCACCUUUAGGAAUUUUUCCUUUCAGUUUCUGGCCUCUGCUGCACAUUUCUUGCCACUAAAGUUGAUUGGAGUUACCUCUAAAGUCUGUUUUAUGUGCCUCUUGUGGUUGAGCAGUAAUAUCUUGUCAUUUUCGUUCAUAUAGUAUGUAAUUCAAAUUUAAAAUUUGUGCAAAUCAAGUUCAUUGUUGGGACUUGAGAGUAAUAUGGAUGGCUGGAUAGUCAGAUAGAUGGAAAGAUAAUGCUGAAUUAUACAUCCUGCCAUACAGGGAGUGAGACAUCUAAGCAGAGCAAAUCCUUUUCAGAAACUUCCUGACAGAUUGUGCCUUCCUGUACCCACACUGCAACACACUCACAACAGCAAUGUGUCUCCCCUGCAGGCUGGCUGGGUUGUUCACCGCUGAAAUAUGUAUGGGGAGCCCUUCAAAGGAAAUAGGUCCUUGCUCGUCGGCUCAGGGGAAAUUGAUCUGUAAUAGAUGUGAAAGCUCGUUCCGUAGGUGCUAAACAUAUAUAAUAUAUACGGGCUCUGGUGGCUUUACACUAAAGUCCCACAAAUUUUUUUACGUGGCAGAUAGAAGUUUCUUUCAUACACAAAUCAAUGCCCUCUAUGGCAGAUGGGAGUGAAAGGAUUUGCCGAGAAGUGAAUGCAUAAUCCUGUGACAGCUGCAGCAGCAAAGGAAGACGGUCUAAACAUCCUUGUGACAGUAAAAGUCUGAUCAAUGAAGAUCUCGCUCGGCUGCUACUGUAAGGUCAGCCUUUACCCUCAGCUUUGAAAAAACGACACCAUUGUUUAUCUUCUCGUAAUUGGACAGGGCUGCCCUUGCAAAGCAAAGCACAAUAAGAGAGCGAGGCAACUCACUCAAAGCUCAGAUGCAACUUCAGUAUUCAGAGGAGUUGAUGUGGAUCUCAGUCAUCUCAGGGUCCUGAAGUAGGUCAUUCUUAUUAAAAUGCAAAUCUGACAAGCACAUUUCAUUGGUGCUCUCUCUUUGUCCUGGUGGAUUGUGUGCAGAAUGCUUAUUCCUUCCAGUUUGUACUACCUUUCCUUCACCCUCACCGUCUUCUACUUCCCUCACAUUGUAUUGGUCAUUCUUCUUCUUCUAAUUCUAUUAGAGUCUCAUACACACUGUCGCUCAUCUUUUCGUCUUCACUCUCAGGUGUUAAUGCUGAUUAUCUCUUGUAGAUAUCAGGCUACGGCAAAUUAAAUGUGACCGCAGCUAGUCUGCCAGGACGUCCAUUAUAAUGAUAUCUGUAAUCUGCCGGGCUCAGGGGAAGCAGGGAGUUGGGGGUGGGAAGAUGGAGGGAUGAUGAUGAUCAUGAAGUGUGUGUGUGUGUGUGUGUGUGUGUGUGUGUGUGUGUGGGGGGGGGGGGGGGGGGGGGAGUAUCCGGUAGCUGUACAUGGAAAGUGGUUGACAUGGAUUUUCAUGCACUGAUGAGGUUCGUGUGGACGGCAGGACCAUAUGUCAACUGUGGGUUUAAAUCCCACGAACUAGAGAACCACCCAAGGCUGAUACAUGAAAAGCCAAGGUCACGAAGGGCUCUAUACAGUAUGUUGGCUUCUUCUUACUCAGGCCAGUUUUUUUUUUUCUUUGACCACAGCUUGUGUGCAAAGCUUUCCUCAUCCUUGUGUUUCUCUAACGCUCUCACACUGUUUCAGAAAAGUGUGGUCACAUCUUCAUCCCUGUGCUUGUCUUUGUCAAAUGUCAGCUGGUGUGUGAGGAUCUUUUUCUGUUCAGCCAUAUUGUAAUAAUCAGUCAUCAUGACAACUUGGCAAUGUCUAAACCAAGACAUGACCACAGCCCAGAGAGUUUGAACCAGUGGUACACUCACGCUUUUUUGGGGCAGGGGCCAAAAGAACAAAAAGGGUACCCCAUGGGCACCCAACAGUUUAUGUACUUGGAGAGUUAUUGGAGGAUGCUUUUUAAUGUAUUACAUCCUGAUAAGGCAUCCAGGGGGUAGUGUUUUAUAGUUUAUGCAUUUGAGGGGCAUCCGGUGGGCCUGCUUCUUCAUUUUAUGCACUGAAAGGGCAAUCAGGGAGCCCCCUUAAUGCCUUUAAUAUACUAGAAGGACAUCUAGAGGACCUUCUUUUUACAUGUAAUGCACUGGAAAGGCACCCAAUGGCAAUGUUUUACAUUUAAUGCAUUGGAGGGGCAUCCAGAGGGCCCUGUUUUCUACUGUUAGGGUACCCUGGGAGCCCCCUUUCUAUACUAUGUACUGGUUGGGCAUUAAGAGGGUUAUCCCGAUUAAAUUUAACAUACAGGAAGGGAAUCCUGGGGAGCUUCUUUUUUGUAUUUUAUAAGCUGGAAGGAUAUUCAGAAGGCCCUUUUUAAAAUUAAUUUCAUGCAGGGGCAUCAAGAGGGGUUUCUUUUUUGAAUAUUGUGUACUGGCAGGACAUCCAGAUGACUUUUUAAAAGCUUUGUUAUACUUGAAAGACAUUUAUUGAGCACUGUACUAGUAUGGCAUCGGGAGGGCCAUCUCUUCUAAAUUUCAUGUACCGGAAGGCUCGGCAUGGAGCCUUUUCAAUUUUAUUUAAUGGAAAAGGCCCUCUUUAUUUACACUCCAUGAACUUGAAGGGCAUCCAGAAGGCCUUAUUUUAUUUUAAUCUGCUGGAAGGACAUCCAGGGAGCCCUUUUUCUUAAUUUAUGUGCUGGUAGGGCAUAGAGAGGGCCCUCUUUUUAAAUUUCAUGAACUGGAAGGACAUCCAGAGGACUUUUUUUGAAAGACUUUUGAGGUGAAAGGGCAUCCAGAGAGCUCAUUUUUUAAAUAUUUUUCACAUCUUAUUUCCCCCUUUGUUAUCCAGCUACUGUGUAUAUAUUAUUUUAUAUUUUUGUAUGAUAUAGUUUUGUUUUAUGCAGUUCCAUACCAUAUCCUGUUAUGUUGUUGUGUAAGGCUGCGAUCAUACUGCAGGUUAUGACGCACAAUUCAGAUUUUCUGUUAAAUCCAAUCUUUUAGUGCGGUCAUUCACAUUACAUCAAUGAAUGCAGCAUCUAAUGUGAACGGAAGGUGUCCGUGAAGUGACCCGCAUGCGCACAAAGCACAAAUUGUUUUCCGGGCCUGUUUGUGUUGUCGAACAAUGGUGACAUUUGUCGCCUAUUGAUGACGUAUAGGUCGAACGAAUGCGACCUGAGCAUCCACACUGCGGUCACAUUGGAUACAAAUCUGAUUCAUAUCCACAUACAAAAGAGGCCUGGGGCGGAUUUGAAAAAAUCAGAAUUGCACUGUUCACACUUUGGUGAAAAAAAUCAGAUAUGUGUCACAUAUGGUUAAAAAAUCUGAAUAGACCUGCAGUGUGAACAUAGCCUACGUUUGUGUUGUAUAACUUGUAUCAUACCGUACAGCAUUAACAAAUGCAGCUGAUUCAAACAUCAAAGUUCCCUUUUUACUGGUCUUAUAACACUUAUCACAGGAACAGAAACAUUGCAGCAGGUACUCAGUUUUUCUCUUUCUUUUAGCCGUUCUUGCUGCUGGAACUUUGAUUUUAAAUGAUUCUUGGAAAAAUGCAUCCAGGAAAUACAAAGUGAUGCAUUUGGAUGUAAGAAAAGCUUUUCUGCUCCUUUGUCAGCUAAAUUGGUCUCUCUGUCAAAGAGCCUCAUAGCGGAAUUUGAUUCAUCUCAAGGUAUUAAGGAUGAUUAUAUCAAGGCACUCAAAGCCCUCGCAAAAAUCACCAGAGUUUAGAUCCUGCACUGCAGCACUUUUACAUGAUUUACAACAUAUUAGAGCUUGCUGUGGAGAAAGGGGGAAAAAUUCCUCCCAAGAAUUCUCUGUGACAUUCAGAAGGAAUUGAUCUGAUGAGUGAAAAGAUUGUACUGGGGAUAUGUUGCUGUCGCCGCUGCGUCAGCCUGGCUCACUUUCCAAAACCUCUAAUCAGAAAUAGUGCUUGUUUUCGCAUGCCCGUCCGUGUUCCCAGCAAAGCCUAUCAUCACAGCAAUUAUUCCAGUGAGGGUGAUGAGCACUGCCAACACUCCAUCUCCGAGCUGUAAACAAAUUAUGCUGAGGGGUCUUGAUGAUGUCUGUGCGAGAAAGGAAAUAAUCUGAAACCAAUUCUGAUGAUCCCGCUGUGCCGCCGCGGGUCCUCAGCCAGCAGCUCCUCGUGGGGGUGACGCUCUGAGGUCGCUGGGUGUUACAGCACUGUCUUCCAGAUGCAUGCUGGAUCGCUGGUGUAGUUUUUCCCCCUGUCUUUCCAGGCUUUAUUUACCCAUUUCAUGUCUCUCAUCAAAAGUGUAGACUCCGCUCCACUUGUUUGGAUAAUGAGUUUUGACAAAUCCAGCUUUUUCCCUGCUUGCAUAAAUCAAAGCUUGAAAUUUCCACCUGGCACUUUCAAGACGUAAUUGAUGAGGAUACAAAUUCAACCAUAUGUGGCCUUAAAUGUUGUAUAAUCCAGCCUGAUGUUAUUAAGUCAGAGGAGGUUAAUUUCUCAGCCUGAUUUUGUAAUUACUCAAACUACCAGUGGCUCUUGUUUUGAUACAUCACAUGCGCUGGCUCUUUUGUCUUGUGGAAAAAUUGGUGGUUUUCAAUAAAUCUUUCAGUGGCUGUUUUUUUUUUUUUUUUUUUUUUUUUACCGUGGGUAAUUGACAGGUUAUGUUUUCUCCCCCUCCAUCGCUCCCUUGGAAGGCAUUAGCAUAUUGAGUUUCGUGCCUGACUGUGAAGCGAUUCCCACCAUGCCUUUAAAAGGCAGCGCAUGAAUAGGCGGCGCAUUAUACCGCAGAGAAAUAUGAGACAGGAGAGAGAGCUUCUUCUGCUUUUCCUCUCUGCUCGUGCACUUUUCAUGCACACACACACACACGUAUGCAUGCAUGCACGUAGUGGCCCCCCUGCUGCUUGCUGAGUCACACAAGGUUUAGAAGGCGGACCAUAUUUUGAGAAGGGGUAAGUUGAACAUGUACCGUUCAUAUUUCCUGCAGUUAACUUUGGAGAAAACGCUACGAAAUGAGAACAUCUUCACCUCCCAAGUUUAAGACGCUCGGGCCUCCCCUGGUCUUUAUGUUGCCUACUCUGCUGUGACGAUGAAAUUAAGGCUGGAAACUCUGGUGAAUCUGAUCAGCGUUUGAAAUCUCACCCAGGAAUUCAGCUGCUUGAUGACUGGAAACUGAAAUCAGAAUUCAAGAGCAGUUUUCCUCCUAAAGUCGAUACCAGAGUUUAUAUUAACUGUCAACCACCCAAUGUACCGUAAAAUAUAUUUCUGAGAUGGCUAAAAGUUACCUGAUGCUGUUUUUAUCCACAAUAUUGAUUUUUAAGGUUUUGCCCAUAUAUCUCAACAAGCAUAUGAAGCUAGAGAGCUGCAAUCCUGGAACCUUUCUGCACUUUAAUUUUCUCUGUUUUUGCAGAUAUCUCCUCAUGCAUUCAACUGUUCUUUAAAUAAAUGAUAUAGGCCACUGUUAAGAGCCAAUAGGAAGGGUUUUUGAAGUAGGCAGCAGAUCAAUUUGCAUGAAUGUGAGAAAAGGUUAUGAAAGGCCUUGUGUCCAUAUGUCUAUUCUGUUUAUUCUUGGUAUCAGCAGAUGAUACAAAUCACAGAUAAAAAAUAAAGACAUGAACAGAAUAAGGUUUAGAUAGAAAUUUAUGGAAAUAGAUCUUUACGUGUUUUUCUUUUAAAGGUAAACACCAAACAUGUAAACAGAAAGAAUAGUCCCUGUUUUGACUUUAUAAGGCUGGUUUAUUCAGAAUAAAUUAUUCAGUUUGCUUUAAUACAACCUUUGCAGAUCAAUCCAACCAUGUAUUUGAUUGGAAAAAAAAAAAAAAAAACAGGAAAAUAAGUCAUUCCUGCUUUGACAUGUUUCCUCAGUGUAAUUCACAUUGUCCCUUUAAAAAAAAAAAAAAAAAAAAAAAAAAACAAUCAAUUUAAUCAGAUUAUAUAUAUAUAUAUAUAUAUAUAUAUAUAUAUAUAUAUAUAUAUAUAUAUAUAUAUAAUUUGAUGUCUUACAAAUACCCAAUCUGUCCCAUCUGAAAAUAUAAGACCUAUUCUUCUUCAUCUCAAAACAACAGCCCAUUCCAGUUGACAACUCAGCUGAUUACCUGGACAUUAAUCAAUCUUUAUUUACACAGCACUUAUUCACAACAACAGUAAUCCCAACAUUGGACAAAGACAAGCUGGUCUAGAUCAUACUCUAUUAACAAAGACCCAUUGUAAAGAGAGGAUCAGACUGAGCGCCAUUUUGCAAGAUCAGACCCAUCUUCCAUCCCAUCUUCAACCACACGAGUGAAACACUCUGCAGCAUUUAUCAAGUUACAGUGGAGAGGAAGAACUUACUUUAACAGGCAGAAACCUUGAGCAGAACCAGACUGAUGUUAGACAGCCAUUCAGCUUGACUAAAUUAUGACAGUCAUUUCAAAACUGCAAAGAAUUUGACAAUUUUAUUAUCUACAGUAAAUAUCAUCAACUAGUGUCAGCUCAUUCAGCAAGUAAAUGGCUCAGAAGUAGAAGAGCCCUGUUGCCAAACUGGCCUUCCUGCAGUCCCCAUUUAAAGCAAAAGAGACCCUAAACUUACGUGUUUGAAAUCAUUUAUUGAGAAUGUAACAGCAUCUCACUUUAAAAACUCCAGAAACUGGUCCCCUUGGAUCCCAAACAUUAACAAAGAGUGAUGCAACACGACAGUAAAUAAGCCCCUGUGGUGUAUUUAGCAUCAGGAUUUCUUCCUCCGCACAGCAGCCCAGAUGGAAACCAGAUGUUGGAUUGACUGAUGGUUGUUUUGAACAUAAUCUUGUCACACACACACACGUACCGUUUAAGGGGGUGAGAUGAGGACGCCCUGUUCUGUUCCAGUGCUGUCCUGGAAAUAGGUACUGUUGCGCCAAAAACUGAAGGUCAUCUGAGAUUCCCGUAAAGGCAGCCAAGGUGAAUACAGGGGGGCUGAUAGUUACCUCAGACCAGGGGGUUGCAGGGAUUAGCAGUCGGUUUGGUUGGUGAGUGGUUUAGCCAGACAAAGGAGAUCUAAUGAUUGGAUAAAGGUUACUAAAAAGGCCCAUGUAAACAGAGAGCAAGUGUUCAAAACCAAGCAGCAUGGGAUGACAUUCUUUCUUCUAUUAUACCCAGAACUUAGCACAGCAGUGUCUGAUGUCUGUGUUACAUACAUUCUGAAUCUACAGUCAUGGGACACACCAACACUAACACACUCAGAUGAAACCAGAAACCAGUUUUUAACGUGGAUCAAACAUGGAUGAAAUGAGAAACUGGUGGGUUAAGGUCUCAGGUCAGGCAAAUAAAAUAGUUUUAAAAAAGCAACAACGUGACAUGUUUCAAGUGUUAUUUCCACAUCCUGCAGUGUGAUAACUGAAAAUACGCACAUCGCUGUGCAACCUUAGUUUGAGCACUUUUGCAAAUCUGGAUUAUUUUCAAGUAUAUAGGGAAGUUUUCUUCACUCUCUGUCUUAGUCCUUUGUCUGUAUUCAGUUUUUUAUAGACUGUGCUUGAGUUAUGUGAAGUACAAAAAUGGCUUCCAGCUUUCAGCCGACUGUACCCAUCCAUCUGCCCCUUAUAGAAAUCUUAUAUAAUCAAAGUUGAUUUUUCUUUAUGCUGGUAGCAAAACUUUACAUUGAAGUACUGUUCUGUUGGAAGUGCUCAGCAAAAUAGGUCAAGUCAUGCCUUCAGAAACUCCAAGAGGCCACUUGUGGUAUUAUAGUAAUUCCCGUCAAUGGAUCCUAUCUGCACACAGCGCCGUAAUAGAGACCUACAGUCUAAUUUCAAAAGCUAUAGUAUCGUGCAUUAGAAACCAUAAACAGCCAUUAGCUUCCUGCAGUGUGAGAGCACUGCACCUCACCACCGGCCUGGCCGAGGCAAGGCAUUACUCAGCAAAUGGAAGCAGUGGAGACUGGAAACUUUACUGCAGAUGAGUGGAUGAAAGGAGAUAUGGUUUACUGACAUGGACUUUAUGGGCUUCUCUUCCUCAAAGAAGCAUCAUUUACUGAAUCUGAAGGGUUUUUAUGGGCUUAGUGUUUAUUGGGGAAACAUAGCCACCAAAGCCCCAAUAAUGGUGAUGUGUUUUUGUUGGCGGCAUCAAUUCAGACAUCUUUCACCGCUAAAAGACUGUAAAUACAAGCUCUUAUUGCAGCUUUUGUUAUUAUUUUUUUUUCCAUUUUGCCGAGCCCAUAUUCUUUGUCUCUUUCCACUCGUCCCGAGGAUGUGUUUACUUUAUUAUGACAGGGAGGUGUCAUGCAAAGUUCCUUCUGCUCCGCUGACAAUAGGCCCUUUUUGUCUGCUCCAGUGGAAACUUAUUGUGUAUUAUGUAAGCGACAUUGAAACAGCUCGUCUUUGAGGAUUCCUCUGUCAAUACAGCAGCGCUCUAAUUACGUCCUUUUCAUAUCAAAGCUGUGAGCGAGUGCAGCCUGAUACACUACUGGAGUAUGUGAUACCUUCUUUAUUACUAGAUGGGCUCAUCCAGCCUGCCCUCUGCCACCCCUGUGCAAACUAUCCUCCUGUGCACCACCUUCUCAGCGAGAUAGAGUCGGAGUGGAGCAUAUUGGGACUGUAUUACAGUAUCGACUCCUCAUUCACUUAACAGGAGAAUCAGCUCCGUUUACGACUAAUUAAAGCCAUUAAAGGGGGCACCCGCUAAUGCAUUUCUGCACAGAUAACAGAAACAUGGGCGGCAGUGGAAGCUGGGCUCAUUUUACCGGCAGGUCAAGAUGAGUGUAAUUAACUGGAUAUUAAAGUCGCAGCGUGACGCGUUUGUCAGCUCUCAGACGAGACAUGAUGGAGGCUCGGGUGCAAAGUCCUGAUAUGGGUGUCAUUGAAACUCUUGAGGAUUAUUUCCCACACUUCACUCUUUCUUGUUUCUCAUUGAGCUCUCCUUGGGGACUCUUAGGGAUGUCUGUUAUGAACCACAGAUGAAAGAACCAGACAAACAUGGCCUUUUUUUUUUUUUUAAUCUAAAUGAGAGAUUGACAUCAAAACACCUGCAAUAACUCAAUGAAUUAACUCAGUAGACACUGUCAUUUAGUUAAAGACUCAGGGUGUAAAGCUUAUCUAUGUUACUGCCAUGCUAAUGUGCCUGAGGUCUGAGGGAAUUCAAAUCUAUAGUAAGAAUCCCAUUCACUAUCCUAUAAGUAAUGUUAGCAAAGGGGUAAUGCAUUGCAGGCAAUUAGUUAUAAAAUCAACAUUAAAGCUCCUGUGAUGAACUUUCAUCUUGUGUCAAUUUUGGCGCCCCCUGUGAACACAACAGUCUUGAUAAAUAAUCGUAUUCUGCUGACUUUUAAUCAUUUAUUUUGAAAAUCUUAAACAAACAGCUGCUUCAAUCAGCUGUUCAGCCAACCCCUUUCCCCUUUUCCUGGUUCUAGGCUUUUAAAACUAUAACAUAAAAAUCAUCAAUCUUUUCACCGAUGGUCUUGUUUGAAUUUAUUUAUUAUAAAAAGUCAUCAGUAUUAAUCAGUUACUUUUAUACAUGUCAAAAAACUCUUCACAGGAGCUUUAAUCUGAACAGUCAGAACAUCCAUAUAAAUCAAUUGGCUUUUCAAAUUAGUGCAUUAAAGGAGUUGAGUUAACAAUAACUAAGGGUGCAACACAAGGGUCUGUUUUAGGUCCCAUACCUCUUACUUUUUAUGCAGAUAAUAUUAUGUCUCUUAUAAUGAGGUGUGAUGCUCAUUUUGAUGCAGAUGACCCAGUUCUGUGUUGCAUGUUAGAUUCCACUCAUUAACCUGCAGUUGGAUUUCAUGAAAUAUAACAGGGUUAUUAUGGGUUAUUAAACAAAGCCAAGUAAUACUAGACAACAACAAAGGUUAACAUUAUUGUCAGUGUUACCUUAGCUAGGUAACUGCCUUGGCUGUUAGCCUGUGAGUGGUUGAUUUCUAACACUAAGUUGUUUUGGCAUAGUUCUGAGCUCAAAAAGGAUUAGCAACUAUACUUUUAUAUAACCUUAAAUAUGCCAGUGUUCCUAUAGAUUUGCUUUAUCCUUCGUCCCUCAGCUCCUCUGAUUCUUCUCUGUUUGUUCGUAUACCUGAAAUAAAUCCUAACAGUGUUUAAGCAGUUGAGUACUUGAUUACAACAUCAGAGGGAAAUACUUGCUGUGUAAAUAUGACGAACACGAUCAUUUUGCUUUACUUAGCGGUGAUAAUCAGAGUUUAAUAUGUGAACAGGAGCCUGCAGCAGGUAAAGGUUUGGAAAACAGCAUCAGUAGGUGCUUGAGGGGGAGAUGAAAAGGCUGCUUCAGAGGGUAUUGCAGCCACAUAUGCUGCUUUCACAGACACUCAUUUGUAUUGCAGUAUUUGCUGAAACUCUGCAUCACUUUGGAGCUAUUCUCAAGAGUGACUCUUGGGAAAAAUUACAGGUUACAUCAUCUGAAUUUACAUAAAAUUGCCUACCGAUUAACUGAGUUUGUACCAUAAUGUGAAAAGUUGUUUCUUCUUUACAACAUUUUUAUUAUGUGCAGUUCUAAUGGAGGAUUAUGCAAGUUUAAUGCAUGAAGGACUUGCAUAAUGGCUGCGGCUGCACACUCAUACUUGUUAUUACUGCGCAGCCAUUAUUCCAAAAACAGUGGUUGGCAACAGCCUGAGAGGGAAAGUGUUUUAAAGCCUACUUGAUAUACAGACGUUCCCAUCAUACAAAUCAUAGAGGAGGAUAAUCCAUACUCACUGGUGGAAAGUGAUAUUACUCAAGUACUGCACUGAAGUACAUUUUGAGGUACUAGACUUAAGUAAUGCUGUUUUGUGCUGCUCCCCACAGUUACACCAACAUAUUUACAUUUAUUUAUAAAUGAACAUUAAUUUAUUUAUUCCAUCAUACAUUUUCAACUGCUGUGGCUUCAAAGAUCAGGCAUUUAUAUACAAACAGAAAGAUGGCUGAUCAUAGACUGUAUAUAAAAUGGAUGCCGUCUGCCUCCUCAAUGGUUAAAGCCACUUUGAGAACAGCACCAAUUGGUGACGGGCGACACUGCAAUGUUGACAUGUAGUUACUGUAAGACUGGUUUGUACUCAAGUCCUCUUUUUUCUGUACAGCUCCAUUUUAAAAGUUAUUAGGGGGUUCAUGUUUUCUAUGAUUGACACUUGAUACAGCCUAUGGGCGUGGAUGCAUAGCUCACCUGAGGGAUACACUGUUUGAGCUGAGCGUCAUCGGAGCGACUCUCUGCAACUUUCCCACCAAAUGCGUACAAUGCUACUGCACAAGUGGUGGUUCCAGGAAGUGGAAAAAAUCCCAGAAAUACCGAGAGCUUUUCAGCUUCAAAUUCAUAUAAUGACAGAGGGCGGAGCCAAGUUGUCCAUAGUAUAUACAGUCUAUGUGGCUCAUCCAAACAACAGUAUGUACUGCAGCUGUUAAAUCUUAAUCCUUUCAGACAUAAUCAACCCUUGAAUUGUUAUAGUUGUUCACUAGUUUAAUCUUAUUUUUGACUCUCAGAUUUCUUAUCCAUGUAAAUGCUACAGUACUACACCAGUGUGGUCUGAAAAUAUAACUAAGAGGUAGGAGACCACUUUAAAGUGCUUAUCUUAUUAAACCCAGUGGCUAUUUUUAUUCAUUUAUUUUUUAAAUGUAAUGAAUAAUCUGUGUCAAUUUGGUCUGCAUUUACUCCAAGAUAAAUUCAAUUACUCGCUGACAUCCAAUCAUCCCUGGUUAAGGCACAACCAAAAGUAGUGCUCUGCUGGCUUUUGUGAUGCAGCUGCAUACAGGCACUACAAUGCUUAACUUAUAGACUCCAACUUAUAGUGAUAUUAGGUGAUGCGUUAUAUGAUCCUUAAGACACAAAGUGCAUACUCAACCUGACUAUUUGAAUUGAACUGUCUGGGAGGAACAGAAGUGGUGUCCCAAAAACUGUCAAUAUGUUACUUUUAGUCCUAAUUUUAUCCAGAUUAAUGCGUCAUCACUGACAGCUAGUAUUUAUAUUUAUGAGGACAUAUUUAUCUUGGUAUACCAGGAUAUAUAGCACACACAGAAAUGCAGUCCAAUCAUGAUAUGACCCACUGAACACAAGCUACUUUAUGUUAUAAAUGUUGAAGUACUUUAUUGAGGAAAUACUUGACAGUAGGACCUGUGCUUUAACAUUACGUUUAGCUUCUUUUACCACGCUUAAUGACCCAUAUCUGUCUCCCACAACCUUUUCAAAUCCAGCCUGACAGGUACAGUCUGUGUUUCUCUGCAGGGAAGAGUGUUGGGAUAAGCAGAAAUGACACUGAUAAAUAUUCAGGGUCCAGAUGUAGAUUAAAAACACAAAACAAAGCCUGUUUUUUUUUUUCCUGCCACAAGGAGCAAGAUGAAAGCAGAAGGCUUUAAGAGUUCCUCCACCUCAGGUAAGCUGUUGCUAAGCUGAGUCUGCAGUUAUCUCUCAUCCACUGUGCUGAAUACAGGAAGGGGGGUAAGGGAAAGGAAAUAAGGGCUAGGCAUUCUGUUGCCAGAUUGACUCCAUCUUCAAAGAGAUAUUAACAUAGCGCCAGUUUCCCUUUUAUCUUCCUUUAAUUUCAAGGAUGCCAGCCCAAAUUAAAACGCAAUGCGACUGGAAUGAACCUAAAAUAUCAAAGACACAAAGGAAGGGGAACAUGAAGACGAAAUACACUAUUCACGUUGAUCUAAUAGAGAGAGAAAACUCUAAGAUCCAAUUUUCCCACAUAAACAUCCUGUUCCUGUACAAAUCCUGCCACCGAUGUUCCUGCAGUUUAAAUAUUAGAAAACCAACAGACUAAUCAGAGCGACUCCGACAGAGAAGAUGAUAUCUUGGAAGCAAACAAGUUAGUAGCAGGUUUAGUAAUUCAAUCACAGAACAGUCAGGUCCAUUAACAUUCAGCCAGAAUCAGAUUAGAACUGCAUGAAAUGUGAGCGAUGCUAAACAGGACUCUGAGAGCUGUAGUCUUAUUUCCAUACCGGUUUGGAGGAGUUAUUGUUCCAGUGUUCGGUGGUGGCUCCAAACAAUAAACCUACUGACACUACAAUAUUACUGAAUAUCAAUAUUUGCCAGGGCUACUUUGUUGGUUUGUGAAUCCCCAGGUGGCAGUGCCAUUUUGCUGGAGCACAAAAUGGGCUCCACAGACAGUCUAAGUGGAUGUUUUAAUGACUGUUUUUACAAAAAAAAAAAAUAAAAAUCCAGACCUGCAGCUAUUCACCAAACACUCUGUUGAAAAUGAGCCUCUGAUGAGGCAACACUGCCACUAAAUGUGGUGUGGAAAUUAAAGAGUUUAGCCAAGUGCAACUGGGGAUGAACACCAAAUAAAUACUGUAUUUAAACGAAGGCCAGUGUAGGCAACGCAAGCUUCCUGUAGGCUAAUUUAUGAAGAAAAAAAAAAACAAAAAACAUGGAAAUAGUAAUAGUCUUUUAAUGACCGAGUAAAUCAUGCAAAGAAAAUGUCCUAUUGGGCAGUGUGAAUGUGAUAGUCUGUGCAUCAAAAUGGGAUUAAAAUGGACAUCAAUUAUUGGGUCUUGAAAAAGCCUAAUGAUGGCAGGUGCCUUCUGGAAAAUGCUGACUCAUCAUAUCUUUCAGUCAAUCUAGAAACAUCAAGAUGUGGAGAUGAGGUGGGCUUUAGGCCUCUGACAAACAGCUACAGCACUCUGUGCCCAUUAACUAUAAUAACCCAUAAUUAUGCUAAUUUAUGCACAGCCUCCAUAUGCAUUGCUCUGUUUCUACAGUAACUCAGAAUGGACAAACUAGUUACAAAUGUGUUUUUAUAUUUAGUCAAUGGCCACAAAAGGUUGAUGGUAAAAACUUGACUAAUAGAGGAUCAAACUUAAAAUGCAUCACCAAAACUUUUUGUCCUCAAGAGCCACCAUCACCUCACCAAUACAAGAGAUGAGCAGGGGGGCAUUUCUGAAAGGUACACACCGUACCUUUCAAAAAUAUGCCCAAAAAACACACCUGUAUAAGUGUGUAAGAAAGUCUCAAAAGUGUUUUUGAACCAGGCUGUCAAACUAGACAUUUUAAUGUGGGACUUAGUGGGGAUUCUUUGGCAUUUGCAGCCAGCCCUUAAGUGGACUCUUGGGUUCUUUUGCACUUGUGCACCGGCUUCAUUUUCAACCCCAGAGGAUGCCGCUUAAAAACUGUGUAACCUGUGAAGUCAUCAAGCCAAAAAGUGAAGCUUGAACAGUAGUGCAGCUCAUCAAAACAUGGCACUUAAGGCAUCCCUGUGCUGUUUUGUUGUAAUGCUGUCUCGAAAUCUGCUGAUGUACUCAGAUGGGGGUGGAAGUCCUGAGGGAAAAGAUGGGUCACACAAAUUCAGAUUUAUUCCAUGUUGUGUGAUCCCGCUGGGAGUGAGGAUACCCACCAGUCUGUGCAGGUUAUGCCUAUGUUCUAGUGCUCAUGUGACGAGUAGACAUAUAGUACCGUGGAGACCCGGCUUCUGUAUGAUGAUGUUAAGUACUUGUCUCUUUUCUAAACUUCUCUACUUGACACUUGGACAGUGUUUCCUGAUGAAUUAUCUCAUCCUGCUGUCUUUUAUCCGUCACACAGCUUACUUUGAACCCUUGCCAUGGAAAACAUCAACAAAGGCUGUUUCCACAGCAUGUUUCUGCUCAUUUAGUGUGACAUCUGCCCAGUGACAGUAUUUACAAGCAUAAAAAGUGCUAAACAGAAAAACGAAUAUUCUACCUGAUGGCCUUAUUUGCAUUUUGAUAUCACAUAGAAGCACCACAAUUAAUUUAAUUAUUUUUCAAGUGUUCAACUUAGGGCCUGUGUCCACUCACAGCUUUUUUGCAGUGGCACUGCACAUGACCUCAGUUUAUGGGUGCUUCAUCUUGCUCCUGGGAAUAGAAAUUGUCCAACUUCCACUGAUAGUAAACCUUAGUCUAAAUAAAAACAAACAUUUAGCCACAGAGCUGGAACUUAUAACAAGAAUUCCACAACAGCAGUUGACAAAGUUCAUCCUAUCUUAAUUUUGAGUGAUGCUGACAAGUCUUCUCCAAGUUGAACUAUGUAUUUUCAACUGAGAGUGUCAUGAUGUUGAGUAAGUUUGGGGGCUUAUAGAGCUCAAAAGUAUGCUGCUAGUGGACAAAGGCCCUUAACCACCUGAGUGUUUCACAUUCACAUGUCAAAAAACAUACAAAAAAAAGUUGCACAUGAGCUGAAUUUUGAAAGGUUAUGCUUUAUUGCAUAUUUUUCAUUGCUGAUUUUGCCUUAGAGCUCUGCAUGUGCCAAACUGAAUAUACCACCAAGAUCAUCAUAUUUUGCAGCUAAAGACCAAGCUGCUCGAACUUACAAAUGUAGAGGGAGAACAUGUCUGAACCUGAGAGAAAACCCUGUCUCAUCUCAUUCACUACAGCUCCAUUUAUAUUUCAUCAACCUUGUGUUUUCUCACCCAGUUCCUUUCUUGCUGUGUAUGUAUCUCAAAACUUGUAGUAAAUAUCUACCAUGUCCCCUCAGCAGGGGUAUGCAUCUUUCUUCCCCCCUCUGAGGACUCAGCUGGCAGCACAAUGUUAGAGAUCCAGUGUCACAACUGCUUUCUGACUGAGUUUUUUUCAGAGAAAGAUUUCAGCUCCUUUUUCCCCCAUGCGACGUUGCUGUCAUCGACAUAGCAUGUUUAUGAUAAAACAGGGAAUAGGGGAUCUUGGAAGAUGGUAUAGUGGGGCUGGUGACGGCACAGAAGAUCAGACUGCAGCAGAGAACUCAGAGAACUGAGGAAGAUGGAGAAGGAGAGGUAAAGCAUGCAUACUAAUGUCGCCCUCUGGAUUCCUGUAUCUUUUUCACUGCUUGGCAUAGAGUUCCUUACUUCAGCUCCACUAUCUUCAUGUAAUGAGGCCACCUACACAAUGUUCUCUCACCAUUUAAGUUCCCCCACUGAGAAACCUUUUUCUGUUCACCACCAUUAAUCUGUCGUCCUUUUCCCCCUCCAACUCCCUUCGCCUCGGUGUCAACGCGUAAAAGGUUUCCGCAGUGCGUAGAAGUCAUUUACCUGUGUUAUAUUGUGGGUAAUAACCGACAAAGCAUAUUGACUUGGCUAAUUGACUUAGAAAUGAUGGGUAGUAGGAAGAUGGAUGGCAGAGUGUCUGUGGUGUGUUUGUAUCAUUAACUGCAUACUGUACGCUGGCGCAUACCUGAGGAGGUGCACAAAUGGCUUAUCUGCCUGAGACGAGGCGAUGAAAACAGAUAAAACUGACUGAUGCUACGUUCUUUGAGGACUGAGGGAACGCAGCAGUAUAAGGGCAGAUUUUCAAAGUCAUAUGUUGCCAUACAAAUCGCUUGUCACAUGCUAAAAGUCAAUGCAAUGCCAGCAAUCAAUCUGCUGAGUCAAAUGGGGUAGGACACAUGACCAGGGUUUCAAAACCAGCAGCUAAUGGAAACCUGCUUCGAACCAUUUAAGUGUUUUUAUGGCGGUCAUAAUCUUGACUAUUUUGGACACAUGAGCAUCAAAUCUUGUUUUUUUUUUUCUAAAAUAUGGAUUCUCUACCUGGAGAACCCAUAUAGAAACCACAUAACUGGGACAUGUAACAUGUAACACAACAUCCUGCAUUGAUGCAAAGCAUCCUGAUUAUCAAAGUCAGCACGAUAGCAGCAAAGAAAAGCUUUCCCAGCCUGUGACAUCAAUUUAAAUAAGCUUAAGGAUUUCAUGAAAGGAAUAGCCCACCUCUUAAGACAUACACUGUAGGCCUUUGUAGUCCUGAACCUGCGAGGAGGCCCACCUAUGUAGCUUGAUAUGAAAAAUUGUGAUUAUAGGCAUCUAAAACAGCCCUCUGUGACUGGUCCAUGUGGCAGCAAACAUUUCUAUUAUCACCACCACCUUCCAUCCUCCCCCUCAGCGGCUAUAAUGUCUUUUCCUAUGAUGGUAUUAGCCACUUUGGCGUAGAGUCAACACAUAAGUAUGAACCACAUACGACUUCAUCCCAUUCACAAAUAUGCUGUACUCCUCAGCUGAGGGGCCAUUGGUUACAGUGGUGCAGAUCCACACCCAGACACUGAUCAAUCUCACAGGGGACUUUUUAUUAAAAGUUAAUGUGUAUUAAUACCAACUUUUGUUUCCUCUAUAGUCCUCACUUUCAUCAUCAUCCUGCAGAUCUCAUCAUGAUAGACUAAAUGAGUCAAACUUAAUUUGCUAGCCUUGGGAUGGGAAAUGUAACAUUAAGUUAUCUGUGGUACUCUUCCAGCCAAGUUAUUAAAAUAUGGGAUUUGACAGUAUUUUGGUUUGUUUGUUGGACAGCCUCUACGAAGAACAAGAGCCAGCCAGGGAUUAAGAUAAGCAGUCUGUUUGAGUCAAUGGAUAAGAAAAAAUAGCAGACAUGUUUUCUCUUCUAAGUUUGCUAAAAUUGUUGCACUAAUAUUGUUAUUUUGAGUUCUUACAGCCUUGAUAAUUGCGAAUAAUCAGACACUGUGACAGCUUUAUCCUACAUCAAGUAACUUGUAUUAAAUCUGCAGCAUGAAAAGCUGACUUUUAUAAAAUACUCAAUAGAAAUAUUUGAUUGGAUGGAAAGUGUCAAAACCCAAUUCUUUAAGAGAAAGUAGGCCAGGCCUCUUGUCUUCACUCAACCACUGUAUCAACACUUUGCCUCGACUGAAGUUCCAGGAGUUUCCCCGCUAUAUGAAAGCAGAGCGCCUCUAAGUAGCUCAGAGACACAUGCUCAGAUUUUGGGUGACAACUGCAGUCAACAGGUGCCAGAGCUGAACAUCUGCUGCUGCUGUGACUUGCCUGCUCUGAAGUCACCCUGGGGAACCUGAUGCCAGAGCUGGUUUCAGCUCAUCAUGCGUCUCGUUUCGCAUCCCUGCAAAGUUUGUUAUGGCAGAUAUGAGACGUGAACAGAAAGACAGUAGCAGGAGUUAUAUUAGCAUGAAGGAGGGGCUGGAAUUUUAAUACUAUACUCAGGAGUGUCCAUGGCAUUUGAUUUCUUUCCAAAUAACUGUCAUGAGUUCGUUUUUUUUUGGUUUUGUAUUUUCAAAGUUUUGUGUUUCAUAGUCAUUUUCUUGUCUUGUGUCACAACUCUGAUUUUCUGUCACUAUUUAGGGUGCAUUCAAAAAGUCCCAAAACGACCCUUUUAUGUGUUUACACCCUUAAUUAUCUACUUACUCCACUUAAAACUCCAGACCAUGUCUGUGUGAGUGCCCAAACACCUGAAUUAAUCCAAGGGUGGAGGUUUCUUUCACACCACUUCAGUUUGAUUUCAUCAUACAUGGUUGAGGUUGGCUGCGUCGUCUGGAUUUGUUGUUAUGACAACUCACCAGAUAAUCUGACUGCCAAAGUGAUCUUAAUCCUCUAUCCUCAAAAAACAAGGUUGAAUCGUAACGCUAAAACCAGCCGUACACCGGCAUGAUCAGUUCAUCCUAGGACUGGGUGAUUUGGCAAAAAAAUGACCACAAUAUAUUUAUCGUUCAAUCUAGAUUAUUAUCACGAUUUAUUUUGUAUUUUUAUAUUCAGUUUUGGUAGCUGCCAGUUUUAAAGAAUCUAUACAAAAAACUAAAGAAACUAGAGAUUUGUUUAACAUUUUAUAAAAAAAACAUUUUUACUCAAUAGUACAAAUGUAGAUAAAUACUAAAAAAUACAGUGAAGUAGUUUAUAGUCCUGAGUGUUUUUGCAGGUAUGUUCCAAAAUAAACAAAUCGCCCCCUCAGGUAUAAUGAAGACACCUUAAAAUGUAAACAUUAGAUGACUAGAUGAUACAAUUGAUUGCUGCUUUGGUCUGGUGGCUGCACAGCUAGCUGUGGCUAAACUGUAAUGCUACUUGUGCAGUCAGUAGUUGUAGGCUGUGCAGACUCAGACUUUCUGCAUAAUCACUCCAGAAGUACUUCUUAAAAUGACUAAACAGAUUUGUUGUGUUGCCGGUUUUUGAGGGCACCGACCGCCGACAUAUCUUGCACAUCGGCUCAAUUGCUCAGCAUCACUUUGGAGAUACCCGAACCACCGCCACACAACCAACGCUGAAUAACUUCUCUUCUCAACAAUGGCGUCUUUGAAAGAUUACUCAAAGUUAUGGCUGACAUCGAUUUCGCUGCCCUCAGCUCUGGGUUUAGCUCCACAUUCGGUCAUUCUGUUUACUUCUCCAGUUUACUUCUCCUGCAACUUAGAACUUCUCCUUUCCUGCUCAUUUCUGAGCAGGAAAAGCUUGACUCUGAUUGGCUGUUGUCACGCACAUUUCAUCCCAUGUUUGAUCGAGUAAAUAUGCUCAUAGGUGAUCACCGUGAUCGAACUAAAAUUUAUCAUGAUCAUUAAUUAUGAUCAUGUAAUCGCCUAGUCCUAGUUCAUCCUUUAUUUUUUAAGACCAAUAAGCCUCCUCCAGUCCGUUGUCGGCAUGUCCAAAGGGUUUCUGUAUGCUGAUUGGUUAUCUAGACACAAUUCAUUUGCUUGAGUUCCGAUUCCAACUCGUGAAUAAGUGAAUGGAUAGAGUGUCAAACAUGUCACGAAUUUUCAUCAUUUGCACAUACAACUCACUUUUUUUACGUUGUACUAUUUGCAUCAUUCAUAUUGCCCAACAGCUCCUCGCAUAUUUAUGCAUCUGUACAUGAAAUUCACUUUCCCCAAACCGUCGUAUUUUGUCAUUGACGCCGUCAAAACAGCAACAAUAUGAAAGUCGUUCAAUUGGAAGUUAGUAAGAAAUUCACCACUUUGAAAAUGUUGCUUGGCUCAACCUCUUCUUCUUUCAUGCAUACCCGCAUUAAUCAGAAGUUGAUUUAAUAAAAAUAGUGGUUUGUGUUGGACUUUCUUCACUAGGUAGGUAUCAUUUUUGUCUCUCUCAAAAGACAUGACAAUGAUAUCGCUGGAAUACCCUCAGAAAAGUCAUGCUGGCUGGCAUAGUGAGCAUGCACAGCUGUGGAAAACCCAAACCUUCUUGAGGGCAUCACCACCUUUUGACCUCACUCCAAAUAAGAGAGAUGGAAAAAGUCUCUGUUUGGCUCCUUUGGUGCCUAUUUAAAGACUCGCCAGUCUGUACUCUCUCUAUUUUAUCCGAGCCACGGAGCAAAGCAGCUAUUGGAGUCCACAUGAUUGAUGUGCUCUCAUCUCUCAGGCUGUCACGCUGCCUGAUGAGCAGAUACUUUAUCGACUUGGUUUUGGGGAGUGUGUCUAGCCUCACCGCUCACAGGAGAGCAGAAGCUGUUUUAGGGGAUAGACUCCGAAUGUUGACCUCAGCCCUGAUCUUCAAAGCGUCGAUUUAAAAAGAAGGUCGCAUCAGAUAAGUCCUCCUGGUUGGAUAUUAGUCUCGAGGUGAGGACAGAAACCAACAGACUGUAAGUGCUCAGUGCCAGAUCCUAUUGACAGAGCAGGAAAUACUGGGGUUUGAAUAAUGGCAUUAGCAAAGGUGACAAGAGUCAAUUGAUGUUUCUUUUUGAUCCGGAGUCCUCUUUCACCUCGGCCCGUUGACUCCAUUCUGCUGCCGAUAAUGUCUCCCUGGUCGGCUUUCCUCAAAAUCCUGCAAGCCUCUCAAAGGUGAAGAAUCCCUCUGAAUUUGUACAGGUAUGGCGAACUACUCCAAACACAAACAGGCUGGGUAGUAUGUUUAAAAAUACAGGCAGAUUUUCUCCCCUUGUUUGCUUAUCCGUGCUUUGUGCUGUGAUAUUCAGUUUAGAGGGAAGAAAAAGAUAUUAAAAACUGUAAUCCACAAAGGCUUCCUUUUCCCUGCAAUAAGAUGAUGGCUUUGCAUUUCCUCUCCUAAGCUCUGCCCGGCAGUAUCAGAGGGCAGCCUUCACAGAGGGAGAUAGUACAACCCCGUGUAAUGGGCUACUUCUUCUCUUGGAAAGGGCAGCUGCUUAUCUCGUCCACAUAGAAUCCUUUCGUCAGACUGAUCCGCCGCAGAGACAUUAGAUCAUAACCUUCAUGUCCAGGUCUGUGUCUGCCCGACACCUCCGGCAGGAGGAACAUGCUCUCAAAGUAGAUCAAAUUAGACGCUUGAGUAACACUUUUUAUCAAGCCACCUCUCAGAAUGCAUCAGAGGCGCAUAUAAAUACUUGUAGUAGACGUAUAACUGUCAUAAAAAAAGUUAUUUUAACCAUUCAUAACAACUUAAGGCAAGAUUUAUACGUUUGAUAGAAGGUAAACAUGAUGAUUUAUUAAAGUGUGGAUUUUAAUUAUGGGGAUAUCUUCAUGCAAAAUUUACAACAGAGGGUCUUAUUCAUGAAACAGUAAAUCUGGGGGUAGGUUUGUACAUAAUCCAGAUACACAAAAACCCCUUGGAUAUGAUCAUAGGCACAGUGUUGGGUUCCUAAAUGCCAAUCAUUCAUGAAUUGUUACCAUUAGUUAGCAAACAGCAUUUAUUUACCUGCAGUUAAUAGCUUAUGACCACCAUAUACGGAGGUGGUCUCAGUCCGGACCACACUGAGCUGCAGUCUGGUUCAUGUCCAGUGUGAAAGCAUUAUUCUAAAAGGUUUGACCUUCGUACCAAAGACAGGAAAUGACAUGAGGAGUAGAAGUGUCAAUUAUUACGUUGAAUGGAGAUUGACCACGAACGGGAAAUUUUAUAAAAUUGUACAUAAAGUUAUACCUCACUAUUGACAGCUUACCUUUUUAAGAGUUCAUACUUUAUUCUCCUUUCCUGUAGACAAUGAUUAAGUUGUCUGAAGUCUAAUGAUAAAAGUUAUAAGACAAACUCAGAACAACAGUUGUCGCUGUUGAUAGAAGAGAAUUAACAAUAAUAUGAUGAUGGGCAUAAAGAUUUCAUUCAUGUUUACAACAUUCAAGAGACGUGCUACACAACAUGUUGACGUCAGACACCCGUCGGCCAAAUGACCAUCAAUGUAAACUACAGAGACAUGCAUUGCAUUAGUCGAUGAUGAUAUCAUGUAGGUUCGUCAUGUAAAGUCUGUUGGUCUGUUUGCAAUUUUGACAGUGUGAAACCUAAACAGACAGAACCAAAUGUAUACAAUAGAAAAAAAACACAGACAUUGGUCCACACCUGAGUCUUUGCGUGGGCUUCAUUUCGAGCAUACCUUAAACAGCAUAUAACUCCUGUCUCCUUAAAAUAAACACAUGGGCCUCUAUGGCCUCUAAAUUUAUAAACAUAGAUAUAAUAAUAACUAGCCAUCAGAAAAUCAGUGACUCUAGAUUAUAGUCCAUACUGAAUGUGUAAAUGCACUUUUUUUUCUUGACUUAGCACCCAAGAGCUCAGUGCACAUGCACUUAUGUAAACAGGUUAUAUUCCUGCAGAUAAGUCAUGUCCUGCCACCUGUGCUGUUGUGCCACUUGCCAGUGCCACAAUGUUUACCAACAGACACCAUAUUGCAUAUGUUACCUAAUUUGUUGUUUUUGUUACCACUUUGAAUCAAAUCUGAAGCUCAAAUCUGCCAGUUGCCACAAAUUCAGCUGAAUGUUUUAAAUCUUGUUUUUCAUGGUCAUGUUUAGGUUACAUGUUUUAGCUAAUACAUUACAAAAUAUGAAUUAAAUUCAUAAAUUUGAUUUCUGGUUUAAACUAGCAGUGUUUAAGUAUAUUAAAGGGCAUAUUAAAGCUACCUGCAGUCAGCGGCAGGUGCAGAUUAUCUUCAUACCUACAAACAAAUCAAAGUUGCGGAAGUGUGUCCGCUCACAUUUCAAGGAUGAGAAACACUGCCUUUGGAAUUCUGGGUUUCAUAAAUAAUAGGGUGAUGGAUCCAGCUCAAAGGUUCAGAGACCUCAUUCAGUGUAUUAUAACAUAACAUAACAGGUUUUAACUUCUAUGACUCUUAAUACUAUGCUUCAACUGUCAAAUAGACCAUAAGGUUAAUUACCUUUUACAGUGCUGCCACAUAAGGACCUCAGUACCAUGUCUUAACAUUGUGUAAGUAUGAAUCAGACUUUCUUCCCUUUGAGAUCAUCACAAUUUAAGACACAUCUUAAGAGAUCUCUGUGAACUCUCAGUCUUUAUAAAUGUUCUUAUGGUGCCUUGUGAGUGGUGAGUUUAUAAAAGGUGUUACUGACACUUGCUUUUGUAGGGAGCAUGUGCUUUUCUGCCCCUGGCCCCUUUUGUAUUGCACACCGUGUAAAGAGGUUGUGGCUAAAAAAACUAAUUUGUUCCGCUACAGGCAGCAGAAUUGCCUGGAUAAUGGGUCUAAGAAUCAAGGUUGUUAAAUCAUAAUGAGACAAGACAAGAGACAAGUCUGAAAGUUAAAAGAGUAAGGUAGAAAUCAAGUUGACAACUUUUGAUUAGAAUUCACUGAUUCAUUUUAUUUCAUCAAUUUUUGACCCAGGAUCCCUGUGUUGUGUUUACAUGGCUGUUUUUGAUGCUGCUUUCCCGGCAGACUGGUGUUUUAUUCUUUUUGAAAAGAGAAUUUUAAUGAAUGGAAAUGUAAUGGUAAAAAUCACUAAACCAAAAAUAAGGAGCUUGUUUUCGCUCAGACUGUUGUUGCGUGUAGGCGUUUCCUGCCCCAACCAAGAGUUGGCCCUCAACAGGCGAAUGUUUUGACAGGAAGCCAGCAUCGUAGACACUCAGGACUCCCAGACUGUAAAGCCUGGGAAUAAAAAGAAAAAAAAAACACUAUAGAGCAACACAGUAAUAACACUUCCUCAUGCAUGUGUUUGGAUUCAACAGGAAAAGAGGCUUUGACAUCAAACCUGUGCUCUGCUCCAGUGUUGAGGUGAUAAUUGCAGUAAUUGAUCAUUUCAGCGACAGAAAAUUAUUUGCCCAAGCUGUCUGAAUGCCAAACAUUCUCAACUUCCUCAAAUGCCAAGGUUUAAGAAAUGAAGUGUCAGACAAUCACAAGGUUGGUGGUUCAAUCCUGGCUCCUUCUGUCCACAUGAGGAAGUGUGAAAGUCACUGAACCCCAUUUGCUCCAGAUGGUUAAGCCAGUGCUCUGCAAGGAAGCACUCUUGGAUUGGUGUGUGUGUGAGAGAGUGAAUGGAUGAGUGGGCUGCAAUUUGUAAAGCACUACAUAGAGGACGCCUUUUAGCUUUUAUGACCCGGAUCUUGGUCUUUGGGGCUUAGACUAUUGGGUUAAGGAAAGAAGAAAUGUCAGGAUGAUGGGUCUGAGGGUUUGUGGGAGCUAUUUUCUUCAUUGGCCAUGAGCAGAGAUCUGACUGCCGUUCAUUAAUCAUUGAAUCUGGCUGAAAAAAACAAAGAAUCCCCAUUUUUACAAUCAAAUUAACAUGUUUACCGCCUGGUUCAUUGAAUGGUUUUGGUCUGUGUGGCUCAUUACUCCAUGCUCUGUUAGUGGACAAUUAAAGAGGUGCUGUGACACAUUGGUUUAGAUUACAUCAAAGCCAAAGAGUUGGCCAUAAAUUUGCAUAAUGGUAGCAUGGUUGAUUUGGCUUAAAUAUGAUUGCAUGGUCGGUAACCAUAUAGAUAAAGGCCACAGAUGGGAAGAGUCUCUAUUUACUAGUCCAAUUUCGGUCCCAGUCGGGUCUCUUAUAGUUUUAAUAAGCUGCAAAAAUGGGGGGGCUUUACCAAUUCAAAGUAUUUAACCUCCCUUUAUUUAACAUAAAUAUUAAGGUCGUUUAACUUGCAUUAUAUCAAAUGUAAAUAUAAUUUCUUCUACUUUAUGCCCAUUUGUGUCUGUUUUUUUUUUAUUCACAUCAGCAUAAUUUUAAUUCAGACAGAUUUAAAACAAUGUUUGAAGGUUGGUUCAAGCCAUUUGAGCCAAGACUGACAGAUUCCCAGUCAGUAUGUUUACAUGGUAACAAAAAAUGAAAUUUUUGCUGAAGUCCGACUUAAACUAGACUUUAAUACAGGUACAUAAAAACUCAGAUUUCCCCAAAACUACUUCCACUAGAAAAUACAUUUACAUACCCAAAUAAUGUGAUCGAGGAUCGUAAGUAUUCUACCUACACUCUCAAGUUUGUAUACCAAGCUUUGACUCUCCUAAAUUGAACAUCACUAGUACAUUGCUAGGAAACAAGGUUGUAAACAAAAUCAUAUCAGGUGUGAGGACUAAAAAGACAAAGCCACUUGCUGAUGUGUUUGUUGACUGUUUUGGCGUGUGACGUAUAAGGUCAACCAGGAAACAGCCCAGGAGUUACAAGCUUAUUUGAGGCAUGUAACCAAUUCUUGCCUGGUGCUGAUGAACUGGGACAAGGACAAAAGUUUAAUUAAAUAUUCAAAUCAAGCUUCAACCAUAACUGUGCAUGUAAACAUACUGAGUGUUUGCUGAGCAUUGAAAUUAUUAUUUUUUUCCUCCACUGAUCCAAAAGGUUCCAGUUAGAAAUAUCCGUCCUUGACAAACAACAUUAGUGGACAACUUUUAUAUUCACUGCUUCCAAUUGAGGCGUGACAUUUAGACAAAUGAAAUCCCUGCUACAUCAAGGCUCGGCUUUUGCUGUUACAAGUGUCUGUUUUUGUGUACAGACGGGCUAUCGAUUGAAGUUUGGUCCUUUUAUCUGCUGAUAUAAUUGCCUUCCUGGAGAAUAAAUCCCUUCUUGACGAGGGGUUGAUGAUUGGAGUUUACCUUGAUUAGGGCUAAUGGCUUUGUGCAGUGUUAUUUUUCAUAAAACUCCACUGAUAACCAUGUUGGGCUGAUGACAGCUAAGCUGCUGAAGUCACUUUGGUGUGAUUUGCCUUUUUUUUUUUUUUUUUUCACACUGGCUACUGGGAUUAGAGCUGUCAAACUGCAGUGCUUAGCCGAAAACAAAGAGAUACAAAAGACUAAACCAUUUGAGAACAUCUCUCUGGUGUACAGCGUGGACAGAAGGGCAACUUUCCUCAUGAAUACGCCCGUUCUCGUUCAUGGACACAUGUAGCCUGGGCAGUUGGAAAAGGUUAACAAGAAAAAAAGGAUGUGGGAAAAGAGCACUCGGGACGUUUCUCUGCAGUAGAAACAAUUGUGGGAGCUGAAAUGCUGCAUGAAAACAGGUUUUAGAGUGUAAACCAUCCAAUUUAGUGUGGAAACAUUUCCCAGUGUUUCAUGGUUCUAGUGGCUUAGUCUCAUUUCUCUCUCACAAAGACUUGAUUCUGUUCAUUUUUCACUAAAGAACUGUACGUCCUCUCCUCUCUUUGAACAUGUUGAAUGUUAAUGUUUCAUGUUUUCCUCAUUCGCCUUUGCUUUGCUUUCCACUGUUGAAUCACUGCACAUUAUUAAAUCAAAUCAGCUGCUGGCAGUACAAAAUGGAGAAUUUCCAGAGCCGAGCGGACGGAGGUUUAUUUAAUAGAUCCCAUUCUUUUUUAUCUUUCAAAUAAUGGAUCUUUCUAUUAAUGUAGUCGUGACUUUGAUGUUGAUCCACGGGCUUAUACACUAUUAGCCAUGAAGCUGUCCUCUUCUCAUUGUGUUUUGUAGCUCCUCUCCGCUGUAGGGCUUGUCUUUUUCAUGGCCUUUGAUGCAAAGCCGCUUUAUUAUUCGUCAUCAUACUUAUACAAGCGGUCACAGGAAAUAUUCAUAUACUAGAUUCUCAUUUCCACAUCUUCAACUUUGUGUUUGUCUCUUUGAACCUUCUGUACAGUGUAUUUUAAUGUAAAUAGCUGUAUUUAUUCAAUUAAAUGUAUGCUGCUUCAUCAGUAAAGCUGAGCCGAACAGUAAAAAUAUUGAUAUUGGUUUAUUGCACCCUGUGCAUCUCCAACAUCUCCAAAAGACAGCAAAUAUUAGACACCAGUAUCAGCUGUUGUGUUUGUGCAUAUCAGGGAAUGUGAGAGGAAAAAUGAACGACCAGGAUUUGGGAGAGUUUUAUUUAAGCCAGCCUCAGAAAAAAAUGAAAAACACAUAAUCCAUCCCAUGUUAGCAAUAAAAAAAGGGAAGUUUAUCAUAAUAGGAAACCAAAGUUAGUCUUGCAGCCUUCACAAAACAGACCAAGCAGUUUGUUGUUCCACCUGGAGCUAAACCAGACUUAGCACUUACUAAGCACAACAUCAGACCAGUCAGUGGCAGUAAUGUGGUGUUGUGGUCUUGCGUAUUGUGCAUCUUCUUCUGCAUACAGAGCUGCAAAUUAAAAACUAUUAAGACUGGUAUACUUAUUCAGCCCUGCACCACAUAAUGAUGAUGAAGAACAGCAAGGUUUCCAUGUCAGCAAUCAAUGGAGCACAACAGCACCCAGUAGACUGAUGCAGACAUGCAUGCGCCAACCUUUGCUCAUUGGAAAUGCAUAGAAAAAACAGUUUUAAUGUGUAUGACGAGGCCAUCAUAUUAGUGUUUCUAACAAGUUUAGAUUAGGCUGAAAUUUGUCUGAAAUGAAAAUCAAGCAUGUGACUAAAAUUGGGUAAAAAUCAGUUUUCAAUUCUAACAGUGUAUGCUAACCUUCAUGAGGUAAAAUCAAAACAUAUUUAUAACUAAACCAGCAGCUAGAGGAAACAUAAACUUGUGAUGCUGACGGCCUUGCAGUCAAACCUAUAGAAGCUAUAGUCACUGGUUUAAUUCCCGGCCACAAACAUUUCCUGCAUUUCUUCCUCAACUCUCUGAUUCCUGUGUCUCGUCAGCUGUCCUAACCAAUAAAGGCAAAAAUAUAAACGGUAAAGAGUAAAGGCUUGACAGAAAAUACGUCUUUAAAAAGUUGAAAAAAUAUUGACACUGAUAACAAAGCUGACAUCAACAUCAGGUCAUAAGGAAGAGGAGUGUGCACCUUUGUUUCAGCCUAAAUAUCAACAUUUAUUGAAGUUCUUUUAGAGUUAGACACACUCAAGAUGUCAAUACCUUUGUCAAAAUGAAACUUUUUUUUCUGCAUCAUAUUGAAUCUCAGUUGUGAUGUAAAAUUAAGCUGAAAAAAAAACAUACUACUAGAGGUAUCCAUGACCAUCACAGCAAGCAAAUGCCCUUCUUUGUUACCAUAGCAGGCUUUCUUGAUUCAGAAAAUGGUGUGAGCUAGUCCAGGCAGGCUGCUGAAGCCGCUCUGAUUUCCCAUUUGCCAUGUGCCAUUCUCACCAUCACCCUAUAAACGCAGUCUUUAAAUCUGGCACUCGAUCUAAGCAGCAGGAUCUCUUUGUGCCAUGCAUCAGUGCUGCAUCCUCCUGCAAGCUUCAACCACAGAGGGUUUAGGAUUUUGUCUCAACUCUCUUCAGUUUUCUGUCAGUAAAAUAAAUCAGCACCAAAGACAAACACUGUCCAGCUGCUGCAGUAAACACUUCAAACCACUAAAACAUGAGCUGUCUGACUGACUGAGAGGCCUUGAGAUGAGUAUUACAGUCCUCAAAGUCGACUGAACGAGGAAAAAAAAAAAAAAAACCCACCAUUGAAUCAAGAAAUGAUCACCAAACUGGAGAAACAUCUCUAAAAAAAAUCGAAUAUGAUAUGUAGAAAAAGAGUGAUGAAAAGGUUUUUUUUUUGCUGGUUUAUAUGGAGUGGUAUGUAAGGCUGCGUUAUCAGGAGGUGAUUCUGUUAAGAUGGAGGCUUCUUUGCUCUUCUUCUGCUGCCAACAGGGACAGGGAUGAACACUAGGGGGCAAGCUUUAGCCUUCCUCACCUAUCCAUAAUAUAUUUAAGCAAUUAGAUCUGCUCUCCCCUCUUCCAUUCUUAAACACGUCAGGUCAUGUGUGUGUGUGUUUGUGCCUCAGGGUUCGAUGUGACAGACUGUGAACACACACGUUUGUUUGUGUGACGAGCAGCAUGUAUUAAUCUUAAUCCAAAAAUAACAGUCGCUGGGAUGUUUACCGCUCUGAUUGUUUGGAUUUCUGACGUCUUGGAUUAUAAAUGAAUUGCAUCUCUGGAAUCGUUCCCUCUUCUUCUUCCCUUCCUUCUAUCCUUUCUUUCUUUCUGCAACCUCUGCACUCUCUCAGUCUCUGUUGUUGCAGCCUGUCUCGUAUGAUGCUCCAGCUUCUCUCUUCUCCACGUUAGGGCUCUCUCAGCUGGUUAACAUCUCCACCUCUUCCUCCUCUGUCUCCUGCUAUGAACCUAUCAUCUCCCUUUCGCUAUCAUGGCUCUCUCUCUCACUCAACUGCCACUCCUUUGCAGCGUCGGCCUCAAUUUGCAUCACUCCUCGCCGUGCCGGUGUCAGCCAGGGCCUUAUGAUCAGAUCCUGGCUGCUGAUGACUGCUUUCAUCCCACAUUUCGCCGCCUUGUCUCUGUGUAGCCGCCUCGUCUCUGUAUAGCCGCCUCCCUGUUUCCCACAAUUCCUUGCUGGUGCAGGAGUAGUGCCCGCCUGUGUCUGCUGGUCUGUCUGCUGCGUCGGUCUGUCUGUUGUUUGUUGCUGGGGAUCGGUGAACAGAUGGUGCGCUACGUUUCCCCCUGCAGAGUGUGAGUGCUACAAAGUGCAGCAUCAUGCAAGAUGGGUUUCACUGCAGAAACAGCUUCUGGAGUCCAUCUUUCACACUGUGUGUGUGUUCUAUUAGCACGGAUAAUACCACUAAAGCAUGUUUAAUGCACUUAAAUCUCACUGCAUUUUGCUCUGGCCCUGUGUGAUGCAACCUUUUUGAGUGUUCUUGGAAAUGUUUAUCCUCACAUUGCUUCUUUUUUUGCACUAAAUGUUUAAUCAAGGAUCUUCAUAAUGCCUCGCUAAAAGUUUUCAUACCAAAUGAAAGCUCUAACAUCGAAAGGAUUGUUCUUGACUGUUUUCAGAGCAUAGCGGGUGAAUUAUUAAGCGCUUCGUUAGGGGACCUCUUUGUGUUGUAGUUCUCUGAGUUCUGCAGCCGUUUGACAGUUCCUGCAGAGAAUACGGGGCUUCAGCAAAACUCCCAAGGCAAUGCUGCUGUAGUUAGAAAUUUAUUUGCAGGAAACCAGCAUCAUUUGGUGCACGGGAACUCUCAGGAGGCUUGGCUUGCUAAAAUAUUAACAAGGUGGAUGAAUUAAUCUCACAUGAAAGGAUUCAUUUAAUUUCCUCGCAACUGAUACUACCAAAGCACAUUCAUGGUGAAGAUUGGCAAAUUUGGGGGCCUGAGCACAUCAUUUCAUCACAUCAAAUCAUUUCCACUACUGAGCGUUUCACAAAUUGUUUUUAGCAGCAUAUCAAGAUAACAAAAAAAAAAAUUCAAAAGGAAAAAAGAAAAUUUCUAGGUAAGAAGCAUACAAAAAAUAAUAGCACUAUUGAGAAAAAAGACACCAUGCAGCCCUAGGCCUAAGCAUAGAAAACCAGCAUUUUCUGGGUACUUGAUGGUGCCAGCGAAAUUCCUGUUUGACUAUAACCCUGAAAUUUUUGACCAAAAAUCGACUAAUCAGGGAGGUCCGACUCUGAUGGCAAACCCCUUCUGACGGCGGUGGACGACGCAGCUCAGCGGAGCGCGGCUCGACGGGGUUAAAGUAUACUGAUAUCAGCACAAGAAGGCAAUUAAAAACAAAAAUUAUAUUCAGCAAACCACCAGACGUUGAUUAACGAUUAACUCUUCAAUCAUCCUGUCUCCAGCUCUCCAUUGGCUUGGAUGAAUCCAAAAUGGUGAAAACAAGGGUGGUGUUCUGAGACAGGCUGUUACCUUUGAAACAGGGGUGCUCUGAAAACGUUACGUACUUUCCUCCCAAUGAAAUUAACCAUAGAUUGUAAAUUGACGUGGAAAAAAUCAAGUCGACCAAUCAGAAUUUUGGUUGACUCAGCACGUAUCGAACAAUAAGUCUGCCAGUCGCCUAGGACUUUACAGCCCUAGUGCACAUGCAUGUAGACAUUAUGCAGUCAUGUAACACUGUAAGGGGGCUUUCAGGUCACAUGACUGAUGUAACUAUUGCAUGUGCUCAUGCCCCAGUAACAUAAUCAUUCUUUGUGCACACGGCAUUCUCAUUUUUUCUCAUUUAUAUCAACUAGGAAGAGGCUGAAUGCUAAUUAGUUUUCUUUUGAUGUAUGCUGACAGGCCGAGAAAUUUACAGUUCAGCUGAAAAUAUGACCUUCAAUAGGGGAGCAGCAUAAGCAUCCCUGUUUGUCAGAUUAUAGACUUUUUUUUUUUUUUUUUUUACCACUUCUACUACCCGGAGCAGAGUGAUUCUGCAUGAUAACAACAUUAGAGUUUUUCACCCUGAGUGUGACAUCAGAAGAAGAUGGCUGCCCUGGGACUUGGUUCUAUUGUGCCACUCAUGGCAGAGGUGCAUUUGAAACUGCUAAUGAAUUAGUUGUGUUUGGAGCAAAGCCAGGCACUCAGAGGCUAAGAUUAAAACUGCUCCUGCUAAUCAUAACAAAAGCCAUGGGAUUAGUCAUUGGAGAUAGAGUCAAGGUCCUUGCCCACACAGCUAAUUGAGCUCUUAUCUUGGCCCCGCUGGUAAUGCCAUUAAUCAUAAAUGGCAUGUCAUGUUCGGAGGAAAGUGUGGAUGCUCCGUGAGCUCCCGGUGAGCUGUGGAAGUGCUCAGAGCUUUGUUUUCAGGAGCAAGAGUGGAGCAUUCUGGGUGUCACAGGAAGAUUAGUCCAUCUGGGGGGUUCUGCCAUGUAGCCCAGACUCCACUAUGAAGGUGCUGUGAUUUGUCGCCUUUCUUUAUGAUCACAUUUGUGUUGGAUUCAUUGCAGCACAAGCCUCUUUUCUUGCUUUCUGUCGGCUGCUGAGACUAAUGAUAAUCUGCGGGAGUGUGAUUUGUUGCUCAGAGCAGACACAGAGCCUCUAUUUUCUUGUUUACUCUUCUUUACCGGAGGCGGUUUACCAUAGAUAUAGCCAACGAAAAUGGAAGAGCAAACAUUAUCUAUUGUUAACCACUUCAGUUGCUGCACAGCCAUUCUUAGAUGCCCUGUAGAAAUCCACUGGAAUACCUGUGAAACCACAUGCACUUGAGCUUACCCCCCUGUUUUAUGUUUUAUCUGCCUCUGAGCUGUUUUCCUCUUUGGAAAAUCUGUGUGCACAACCACACACUGUAGUCUUAUGACCUUUUGAUUGAGCGUAUUUUCCCCAGGAGAGGCCGAAUAAUCAGCUUUUGUGGUCCUGUUUCAAAUCACGCCCAACUUUAAUUGCCAGCCUGUGAUGAGGUAUAUGAGAACGCUCUAAAACAGGGGCACUCGCACGAGUGUGCGCUCGUAAAUUAGCAUGACAGUCGCAGGUGGCUGCAAUGGGAGUAAGAGGGAGGCGGAGAGAGGUGGAGGCGAGGUUACGAGCUCAGCGGAGUGAUUGAAAUCCCCGUUGUCGGGUGAUGGCUGCUCAGGUGAUUCUGCAAAAUGCUACAGUGCCUCAAAGCUGAAAACAGACAGAGAGAAAAGACUGUAGUGGUUUUAUUAUGAGAGGAGCAUCAUGAGAAAUUUGUCCUGUGCUGUCUGUUUCUGUCUUGUUUCUUGCAAGGGAUGCAUGUCAGAUGCAGCCUGUGAAACAAAUAUGCAUAACAUGGGGAGGCACAUGCACAGAUCUCGACGCAAUGCAACAACAUCCGACAGACAGGAGAGUAAAUUAUCUGCCAUGUAAGUGAAGAGAAACCAUAAAUCAAAGAAAUCCAAUGAGAGAAGUCGACUCAGCUGAGAGACUGGGUGGGAUUGGUAAAAAAAACCAACAAAAAAAAAAACGGUCUAAUACAGCGACAGAUCGAAAGUUGAUCAUAGAAACUCUGCAUAUUAAAAUUUGCAGCAAUGAAAAUGUUUUGAACAGCAAAUACUCAAAAUACUCAACUAGUUCUAGUACUUUAAUGCUCCUGUAAGAAACUUUCAUUUUGGCUCAGUUUUAGCACCCCCCUGUGGACAUCAAGUGUUGUUCGACAAAAAGUCUUAUUCUGCUGACCAAAUAAAACAGUUUUUUGUGGAUAUUUACCGUGGAAAAUAAAAACAGAGGUAGUUUAUGGCAUUAAUGUUACAACAUAAUUAUCAGUCUCUCAUGCAUGGUCUUGUAUGCAUCAAUGUGAAUUUAGCACGCUUUCAUAAAUAUUAACAACCCCUCACAGGAGCUGUAAGUGCAAUUUUAAAGUACGUUCAUUUAUUACAUCGAUUUUAGGGCUGUAAAACGACUCUUUUAUUAUUUUCUAGACCAAUAGAUUGUUUUAUUUUAAGUUAACUGUGAUUAAUCACACUUUAAGUAGCAAUCUUUCCAGGGUAUUCCUCACCUCUCACCCAAUAACAGCUGGGAUAGACUCCAAGCCCCGCCUCCAACCCCCAAAAGGAUGACCAAUGAAUGAUAUACAGUAAACUUAGUGACCUUGACAAUUAAAUUUAUCAUUCAGAAAAAUUCUGCACCCCUACACCAGUAUGGUCAUUUUCAUUACUCACUGAUUUCUAGUGAUUCCUGGUUAAUGCAACAGCAUUUGCACGUUUUAGGAGUUCCAGUUUGGUAGUUUGCUCUAUUUCACCGUGUUUUUCACCGUUAUGCCUAAAACUAUUGUCCCCAGUGAAAGUCAAGGAUAUGACCGGUGACGAAAAGAGAACCUGAGGACCUCCAAAGACCUGAAUCUUCCAAAAUAAUGACCAGCCAGUCAGUCAAAUAAAGAAUAUAAUUUUAUAUAUCAUAUUAAUUUAACUAUAACAUGUUUGUUUUAUUCUCAUAAUGGUGAGUUUUGCUGGUUUAUAAACGCCUGGGGCAGAAUAACUUUCACUUUUGUACACAUUUUAUAAAGGGAUCAAUACCAACAUGUUUUUCCUUCACUGACUGACUCCUUGGACUAAAAUACUCUCUUUUUAGUAACACUGGUGUUACCGCCUCCUCCUCCAACAAACAAAUAACCUAAGUGUUAUAAGCUGCAAAACACUAUUAGUGGUAAUUUGAAACUGCACAUACAUGGUGUUUUGUAGCAUUUUGCAGAGCAUUAAGUUGUAAUCGGCUGCACAUGGAGGACCAAAAGUACCAUUAAAAGCACGGUAAUGCCUUUGUAUUAUUCAGACAUAUCGGGCCCAUUAGCGCAGGCUCCAGGAAUGGCAUUCAUAUUACAAGCCACCAAGAUCUCACAAGAUGGAGCUCCAGGGAGAAAGGAACAGCUGAAGGAUGCAGUUUAAAAAUACCAGAUUGUUUUUCUCCAGGGCUGUGAUGACUCAUUACCCAGGCAGCAAAGCAGGAAGUCUUGUCAGUUGGGUCGUCCCACAGUACAGCGACACGCAAAUUGCGCCAGCACAUCACUUACAGUGCUUCAGUCGCUCAGGGACUGUGAGAACAGCCGUGCACAUUCACAAGCAGUAAACUCUCCUUGAAGGGUAACCUGUGUAAGGAUUCACGGGGAUGUUGUAUGCAGAUUGCAGGAGACUUUUGUUUUCUGGAAGGGAGCUGAGUGUCUCAGGUGGCUGCCAGGCGCUGACAUGUUUAUCCCUCCUCCUCAUCUCGUGCCUGGUUUGUUCAGAAGCGAGGGGUGCUGGGAGAUAGCCUGACCAGCCCAUCGUUCAAAUCCUGCUGCUCCGCUGUGACGACUUACCUCUAUUGGAUCUUUCCUCAGGUCUUAUCUGAUGGCUACACUGCCGUGAGGUGUUGUGAAAGUGAUGCUCACACGUCACCGGCUCUCCUCCUAUCUCACUGGAUGCAGCCCCUAGGCAGUGUGAGGGAGAUGGUGAGGGGGUUAGAGGGCAUAUUGAGGGCAGACGGCCAUGGCACUCAGCCUUGCAUCAUCCGUCACCUGGGAGAUAAAGAGCAGGAGUGAUGACUUCCCAGCUUGAGCUGAGCUUUGGGCCAGCGCUCGACCUUUCCGGCAAGAAAGGUGACUGAUCCGUGGAGGGCUCUGAUGUAAAGAAGUGCCCUUAUCACGCCAACGGGGAGGGAGAAGAGGAGAUAGCAGGGGGACAUGUGAAGAAAUUUAACUGAUUCAGGUCUUGGCUUGGCUGGGAUGCUCCAUUCUGUCAUUCUGUCUUCAUCCCCACAUUUUCUUCUCUCUAUCCCUUCCUCCCUCCAUCCUUCUUAUCUGAGCUCCUCUGCAGAGAAAUCCAUUUUCCUGCAGCAGGCCGCUUUGUCUGCUCAGGGUGCGGCGGUACUGAGGCGGCUGGUAAAUAAUGCACAAGUCUUCCACUAUUCUUCGGAAGGAGGAAGCGCUCACUAUAAGAUCCUCUCUGAAGUGGGCUUAUUAAACCAACCAGGCUGCAGCAGUCUGGAAUCCUUUUUUAAAGGGGCAAGGUGAGGUAAAAGUGAGGGUGUCCCAAAAGGAAAUAUCAGCCUUAAAGGCCCAUUUCUCCACUCCUCUGCCCACUGAAGCCAAAAGAGGAAACCAAAUGGGAGAUGCAGAGAGCUCCCAGAGUCACUAAGUGUGUCUUUGCUUUGGUGCACUGCAGAGCUUCACUUUUGCCAAAAGAUGAGGUUGCUGACCUGCCUGUGGUGACUCAGACAUUGAUCUGCAUAUUGGUUUUUAGUUUAUGAUAUUAACAUUUGAAAAUGUGCACUGAUGAUGGUCAGACCAGGAAGGCCGUUGCAAACCCUCCAUGACAUUUUCAUCCCAGGUGCUUUGACCCAGGUAGGGAUGCCAACAGGUACUGGAUCAACUGAUAGCUGAACCGUUGUGGAACAUGCCUUUAUAACAUGUGGUCUUACAUUACAAUCAUCUUUAAGAUUUUCUGGGACCUUACCCCACAAAGUCAACAGACUCGAGAAGAGAUUUUCCGAGCUAGUGAGUCUGGCACGUAUCCACAUACCUGCAACAGUGAUGCCUCCUUAGCAUCUGCACAUGCUCGUUUUCUUAAUAAGAACAAGUGUUCAUAAAACUGGAUGGCGAGUCUGAAACAUUUAGCAGUAUUUUUGCAUUUCUUGCCUGUACACCUGCAAAGUCUAUUUUUAUAAAUCUGCUACCCAAGUUGAUGUUUGGCGUGUUACAACAAUGUUUAGGCCUCAAUAUGUUCAGUGGCUAUCCAGCAAUGCCAGCUGAUUCUGGUACGCUCCAAGAUCAAGGGAAAAUGUGUUUGUUUUAUGACCGUUUCCAUAUGUCCAUGAUAUUAAAAACUUCAAAUUUACUGAGUCUCUUUUGCAUGGUUUGGCCAAGUGUCUAAUACCUAGGACGCAUUCAUACCAGGACUGUUUGGUUGAUCCAGGUGGUAUGAAUGCGCAAGCAAACCAUGGUCUGGAUCGAACAAACAGACUGUUGCAGCUUGAUCUAACACCAAACUGACGUGUUUUGAUUGACUCCCAGGACUCCUGGCUGACACGCCGAUGGCUUACCGUAAGCUUUGUUCAAAAAAGGUAGUUUCAACUGGGAUGCACAAUAAUCCAUAUUUAUUUUGCAAACAGCGAAUACAUACUCUUUCUUCAAUUCAUACAGCAUAACUCACAGCCGCCACCGCGUCGGUCAAAAACCGUUUGGUCCUUCCGGUAUCAACAAACCAACAACAGGUGAAAUCAAUCAAUGUUCCCUAAAUACCUGUGGUCGUGCCACAGGACAGCGACACCCACUUACUCAAUUGAGUACUACACCAGGUGAAUAAAAUGAACCGCUCUUACACAGUGAAUGGCUGUUACACAGACCAUGGUCCUCUUGCCACUGCCACUCAUGUUAGAUGAGAUAGGCCAAAUCCCAUCUUAGGUAGGGUCUUGAUAAUUCAUCAAACAAUGAGUGUGGUCCUGCUCUUUUUCUUUGGAAAGCAUCUUGGGAUGACGACUGUCGUGAAUUGGUGCUAUAUAAAUAAAUUUUAAUUGAUUGAUCGAUCGAUCCAGACCUUCUAAGCGGGCUUUGGGUGGGAAAGGCCCCUUACUUAAUGCAGCAAAGGUCCAGGUCAAUGAACCCCCAGACUUAGUUCAAGGCUCAGUGAAGAGGGUUAAUGUCAUUUUUGAUUCUAGGGACCCCCUCAGAUGAAAUCUAUAACCUUACCCUGACUUGUCCACUUUUUAUGCCUCUUACAAAUAAAUCUGAGUGUUUCUGUGUUUCCUUCUCCUGUUUUCACCCAGUUCCCUGCAACUCUACUCCCAUGGUGUUUCAUUUUUAGCCAAAGUGCUGCAAUGGUUGUCAUUUCUCUUUAGAGCGUUGCAGAGAAUAAAGCCCUUCCAGUGUGCUUGGAGGUUUAUACUCUCUGCUGUGCUUUAAUACAUACAGUAAAUAGUGUUUGAGUCAACAGAGGAGGGCCAGUUCUGUUUCAUAGUUACAGUUUUCUCAUGCUUUGAGUUGAAGCAGAAGGUCUAGGAUGGAGAAUGAAUCAGAUAUACGCGGAGGCAGGUGGAAGAUAUGAGAUUCUAUAGCUCACUAGUGUCAAAAAUCCACCUACAUAUGCUUGCACAGAGUACUGCAGCCUCCACAAAUAUUUACCGGAUUCUCAAUAGUUUUCGUUGCGCAACAAACCCCGACAUAUUGCUUUGACAGAACUAUUUUGGAAAGAAAAUCCUGCGAAAAAACACAAAAACACAAUGAUGAUGGGAGGAAAACACUGCUGAGAGCAGUGCUCUUGUUACAGGGCAGAACAGCAGAAGUAGGCCUCGUUUUAUUGGCUCGGAUACAUCUGCUUGCAGGAGCUGACUCCGAAGAUGAAAGGAAGGGAGAGGUUUGUCUUUUCCAGGUCAACAAGCCUCCAGGGCUGCCUACACAUCCAAAAUAGAUGGAUCUACAAGAAAGUUAGCCAGAAUUAGUUAGCGCUUGCACAAUGAUCUACCUCAUUUUCCUACAUUUAUUUUAGUCGUUUUGAGUUGUGCUAGUCUCAGGAUGUCUCUCUCCCUUAGGCAGUUUUUUCCAGACGCUUGUGGGCACAUUGUGUCUCUGUAUUCCUUCCCCUGCAAUUCUGAUGAGUCAUGCACCGGCAGAAGAAAGAAAUUAGAGUCAUUGUUUGAGAUAAUGGAGAACUAAUGGCUGCCUUAUGAGCCUGUGUUGUGCAGUGCGACACUAACACCAUGUAAACACCAGCAGCACGACAACAAAUCCAGUCAGUCACCACAAACUGUAAACUGGGCUCCACCUGCCUGCCCUCGUCCCAGUUAUCCGCCUCAUUCAUCUUCAUCCUCUUGAGAUCUCAUCGACCUCCCUGCCUCCUUUAGACGACACUCCAGUCGCUCUCUGUCAAUCACGUGUCAUUAAAACGACCCAGCCUCCUUACACACACACACAAAACUCACACACAGACCAUAUAUCCCACAUGCUUUUCUUGUCAUGCUGUUUCAGAUAAACUCUCUCCCACAUAAGUCCAUGCUCACCAGAGCUUCUUUGUGGCUUGCAUCUCAAAUAACAGCCUGAUGAGCGCCGUGCUGGAUGACCUGACAUGGUGCGCAAUGUUGAUCUGUCUGUCUUACGAUUGGUAAAAAUAACUCUGCUGUGUUCAACCUGCUUGUUCUGGCACUGGGUGUUUAAAAGAAAACUUCUGUAUCAGCUUUCCUCCAAGGACCAGGCACAGAUGGCCAGUUUCAGUGUAAAAUACUCAAAAUGAAGGUUUGAGACAAAAGAAACGACUGUUGUGUGACUGUUUCAGGAACAAUAGUCACCAACAGGAAGAAGGUCCUCACAGUAUCUUACAUCUACUUAUCACAGAAACUUUUAAAAUUGCCUAAAAUAGUUGUGAGAAGACUGACCUGUGAUUUAAAUGAAAAAAAACAUUAACACACCAGAAGGUCCUUUUUACACUGGCCAUUCAAGAUGGGGUUUUUACGCUGCUAUAAAAGCUCUCACAAUGACCUCUGACAUCCAAUGUUUUAAUAAUAAUGUUCAGUGAAAACCUGCAAAAAGUCCAACAAUUCCCCUCUCUGCCGCAUUUAAAAAGUUGCCAAGAUCCAAACACAUCUUUAAUCCAAACACAUUACUGUAUAUCCUCAAGAUUCAGAAAUUACUCCAAAUCUACAAAGGCUGUGUAGUUAUGUUUAAGUUGUCUGUCCAUCUUACCAAGCAAGAGCAGAGUUGAGAUCCUUCUUUCUCAGUUAAACAAAAGUUAGUUACACAGGAGUUCACAGGAGCGAUAGGUGCUGCACAUGAUAAAACAAAGAUGAAAAUGAGAAGACGAGAUGAAGCAGCAGCUGAAAGCAAACGAGCCGGCAGCCCUUUGAGUGACGGUUUAGCACUUAUACCAAUCAACUGAACAUUUUCCAAUUUCUUUCAUUCAGUCCUGUCACAUAGGAUCUACAAGAGGCAUAUUUCAAAAUAAAAGCAUGCAUUUACAAUGCUGGAAAUAAAGCAACUGAAUGCAAGGCAGGAAAUUUUCCAAAAUAAAAGCAUGACAAGCUCUGUUUUACAAGGUCAUGUCUUCCUACAACAAGUCAAGAUCGCAGGAUUGGCGAUGGCUUCACUCUUGUCCUCUUUUCAGUUUGAUUGCGUUUUAUUGUGAAGCUUUCAAUAAAUAUCCCAUGAUAUCAUUAUGAUAUUUUUUGUGAAAAUUGAGAGAGGCUUUUGCAGAUAAAUCUGUGCUUUACUUUACAAAUGCUGUGCAGCUCGACCAAUAACUCUUACACUUUGAAUAUUUUUUUACUCUUUCUAGUUCUUAUAACCAUUUUGAGAUGAAUUUUAAUAGAAAGCUCUGUAAAGUAGAACAUAAACAUUUAACUACAAGAUGCUACUUUGAGUUCAGUGUGUCAACUGGUGAAUAUAACCAUGUUUCAUAUGAAAUUAUUGAUAUUAGCCGCUCUAAAUCACUGGUCGACUUGCAUGAUGGCAGCUCUUCCUUACUACUUUCUUCAGUUAAGGACGUGGUGUCCUUGCGUCUUAUUGAUAUAUCCUGUUUUAAUUUAAUGUCAUGAAUCAUUUGCAUACUUAUUUACAUGUGUCAAUAUUUGGACUGCAAAUGAAAAAGAAUGCUUGUAUCAUUUAAAGUGUCUGCUUCCAUAAGUAGGUGUGUGUUUGCACUGCGUUAUCAAUCAAUCAAUUAAACAUUAUUUAUAAGCACUUUUCCUACAGGAAUGUGACUCAAAAUGCUUUACAGUCUUGUUAAAAACAAAAACGAAAAAUGAUACCAGAUGCCCCCUUACCCCCCACCCCCACCUACACACACACACACACACACACACACACACACACACGCAUACAUGCCAACGCACCCGCACAUACACACAUUAAGAGAAUGGGCAUGAGGCUGAGUACAGAUGGACCAGUUACAUCUGGGCGUCCUGGUUGUUGCAUCCACUUGGGUGAAGAUGAGUCCAGUGAUGCUUGAAGCCUCACUUGUAGGUUAAAGUCUGUCUCUCUGUAGUUGCCUGUUCUCUGUCAGUCUGAGGUGAUUGUAGAUGACACAUCUGCAGCAAGUCUGCAUAGUCAGCCGGCCAGUUCAGCAGAGUGCAACAUAGCGAAACUGGAGACGAGUGAGGAAGGUUAGAUGACACAUUAUGGCUGUAAAAAGGGUGUCAAUAAUGGUUUGUCUUGUGGAGCAAUCUCAGGCUCAUUUUUGACAUUUCUCGCCUCAGGCAGCAGAUCUACCUGUUUCAAUCACUGCUUUUUCACAUGAAUGAGAAAUCUUCCCACUCAAAGUACCCCUCUGUGCUUUACAGUGCAUUCACCUAUGCAUAACCUUGAAAUGACUAAUGUGUGCGCUUGCAGUUGUUUCUAUCCCAGGCGCCAGAGCUUGCUAAGGUUAAGUGGGGCGUGCACGUCGAGAACAAAAGUGGCAAAGGUGUUCGCCAUUUAGAAAACCUUCCCGGUUCCCCCUGCGGCUACACUUUCCUCCACAGCAAUCCUCCAAACCAACUAAAUAGAUUACUCCCAGAAUGACUCUGGUUUAGUUUAGACCGGUCAAAGAUUAAGUGCUUGUUUGAUGUAUUUUUUCCCCCCAAUUGUAACUCACACAAACACAACACUUCAUCCAGAGCUAGUUUCUCUUUCAACAAGUGCCAGUCGAAGAGGGCUGCUGCCAAACAACAGGAAUUUGGUGGUAAUGAAGCUGUCAGGGAGAUGUGGAGUGUGGUACGCUUUCUCCACUUCCACAGGCCUUGAAAACAGAAUGGAGUAUUCUUUAAGAGCUCAGCUAUUAGCAAAGACAGGCCUCUCAAAUUUUGCAACCACUCAUUACCAUGUGUUUGCAGCCCAGAUCUACCUUCAUGUCCGAACUCUAGAGAGUCCCUGUGGGUGCUGCUGCUGCUCUUUUCCUCUCCCCCUGACUCGCCACAUAAGCAUUAUCAGAAACUAUCUUACAAUAUUAACCGGGGCUGUUAUCCUUUCUGGAUGACAGUGCAGUGAUUCAUUAGGGCCCCCUUUUGCCUUCAUGUAAGUGAAGCGCAUUAGCUGUGAAGGCCGCGAUCCUGGAUGAUUCUGCAUUGUUGAUGUGAGAGCCCCCGAACUGCAUGAGACACCAGUUUUGGGAGUGAUGAAUCAUGUUUGUGGAGCACACUCCAGGAGUGAGGACCCCUUUUAAAAUGUGAUUGCAGCAAGUCAUAAUUGAGUCAGAUGGGAGCGAAAGCACAUGACGCAUAUUCCAUAAUAAUCCACAGUAAUUUAUACUCCAAUUCAUAUCCCUGUGAUUACAGCACAGAAUAUGAAUGAGACACCUACAUCCACAGACUGUCUCACUCUCAGUGUUGUCACCUUCUGAUUCCUCAGAGAAGUGUAAUGAAGCCCAAACAAUGCUGAUCACAAUGACCUGUCAAGUCAAGUCAAGUCAAGUUUAUUUGUAUAGCACAUUUCAGCAGCAGGGCAAUUCAAAGUGCUUUACAUGAAACAAGCAGGCAAAACAUUCAACACAAUGGAAAAGUUGUGAGGUAUAGUUUGGUUGUUGGUGGAGUGGACUCUGAUAGUGUGUGGUGGGUUGUGUUGGCCAUUAUCGUUCCACUCCACACACAAUGAGAUCAAAAUAGUGAAAUCUGUCAGUAUUUGUCAUCCUGUGUGGGGUGUCUCACGUUUCCAAACGGUUUAAGAUCUUCAAAUCUUUCAGUGUGAGCCGGGCUGUAAUGGUUGAAUCACACAUCCCACGGAGGCCACGGUCCUUAAAGUGGGCAGCUCUUUGUGGAAUGUCAUUUCCUGAGCUCUAUUCACAGUUUUUUUUUUUUUUUUUCAACUUUAUUCUCUAUCCUCUGUAAUAUAUUAACAAACAUGUAAACUUGGAAUAAAUCAUCAUCUCUCGAUCUUUCUUGACAGUUUAGGGGCUACAGUAGUCUACAAACUUCAGUCAGCCUCUGUGCUGAACUGGUAAGAGACACAGUUUUUAAAUGUCUCAGCACGAUACUUUGGCUAAAGUCACUUUUCCUCCAACCCCUGUGGGAUACCUCAGGGCUUCAUAUUAGGACCUUUACUGUUCACCCUGUAAACUCUCCCUCUAGGCCUUUUACUGUAUUGGGUCAGCACUGGUUGUGCCUUCUGGAUAGAUUUGAUUUAAUAAAGCACUACUAACUAGAGAAAAUGUUCCACUUUGGGGUGGAAAGAAGCUACAAGCAGCUUAUCAUGGUGUGAGAUUUGGGUGGUCACUGGGCCCAAUCAGGUUUCUGGCACUCCUGGGCUGCAUCCCCAGACCCCAGACACUCAAAACAAUGUGGUUCAUGUGAAGACAUUUGAUUGGGAUUCAGCACAAUACAGAUCAAUAAAAGCAAAAAUAAAAGGCAGUUCACUUUAAGGCUCUAUUUUAUUUGCAGAAAACAUUUUCUUUUACACAUCUGAAAAUGUCUGAACCAAUCACUGUGAAACCAAUUUUUCCCAAGGACUAAAACUACCCAAACCUUAACGACGCUCGCAUUAGGGCUGAGCUUGAAGUUCACUGAAGUCGUUUUGUUUUGAUCCCUAAAAUUAAAAAGUCUCCAUCGACCCUGCUCCCUCAUUUUUCUGCGUUUCCUUGCAGAUUCGACUCUCACGUAAAUCCUCUUUGUACUUGAGGCUGCUGACACACAGCUUCUGCUUUGAACAAAAAAAAGGAUGCUUUCUAAAAUGUUGUUAACACCUGCACGAAAGUCUGCCUAAGAGCUAAGCAACACCGAGACACAUGGGGCAUGUUCUGAGCUCCCCUCAUUUAUUUUCUCUCCAGCCAUGUGGAGAUAAGAUAAAGCCUUACACACUCUGUUAAGCAAAAAUGCUUGGCUGCACUGUUGGCAGCCUGUACGGCACAGAAAACCCAAAGUAGGGCAUCCUGAAUUUUUUCAUCCCUCUGUGGUUUGAAGAGUGCAUCUGGACACCCCACACACUCACGCUCUGCGGACGCCUGCAUUAUUUUCAGCUUACACUGCCUGAAUUAUGCAUCUUACAUGGUUUCACAUGUGGAAAUUGUCCAUGUCUGUGACAUGUGGAGGAGGGCACAAAGCUGGAUUUGAGCCAUUCUGCUGAACCUCAUGGGUGGACUCGACUCCCAAACGCCUUGUGUGGAACAUUUCACAGUGAGCUGCAGCAGCACUGAGGGCCUUUUGGUUUGCUGCCAACUAUACAAUAGAGUUGUGAGGAAUGUGCCAUUUCUGCCCCCUUAUCCCGCGGCACUACGCCACCACACCACAAUUAAUCCACUGUAGUGGCAUUUAAGCAUAUCUAACUCUAUCCCAGCUGUCUUUAAAUGCAACUUAGAGGAAAAGCACCGCCAUUUUCGCAACUAGGCUGAUUGAUAGUUGCAGGAGUGCAGCCCAUUUAUACAACAAGAGGUGUAAAUGUGUCCAUGCUUUGCUUAGAGGGACACUUUGCCAAUUGUAAAUGACAGACUUUAACAGUCACAAUAGCUGCUGAAUGGCAUGUAAAAGCAGCUUGUGGACUAAUGUUGUUGUUUUGCUCUUCAGGAGAUUUGUUAAAUCUGACAACACUUAAAGUUUUUCCAGCCCAGGCUUCAGGAGGGCUAAUUUGUAAUAGAGAAAGCCUUCAAAACAAACUGCGCAGUUUAAAAGACUCAGGCACUUACAAUGCAGGGAUGGCAAAUAAGGGAUGGUUAUCGAUUUGCAGUCGCAGAUGUGGGAUCAAUCGUUUCUGGAGCUUGACCUGGAGACCAGAAGUCAGGAUAUCAGGGCCUCGUGGAGCAUCAAUUGUGAUCUUUCUUUUUAAAUGUUUUUCCCAUUCUCUGAAAGGAAAUAUUGAUAAAAGUUCAGUCAAUUAAUCUAUGUGUAGGUUAAAAUAGCAUCAACAAAUGCAAAAUAUUACAAGUUUUAUUCCAGUUUGAUCAAUACUCCAAAACCAUGAACAGCAUUAAAAGUACAGAAGUAGCAAGUCACAGUGGCAUCAGUUUUGAGUUUAAUCCCUGCAUUAUUGCGCAAUUACACAAAAUCUGUUAAUGGUUUUGAUCGGUGCAUGUCACCUGCAGAUUUACAGUGACAUGUUCCUUUAAAGGAGUUUUUGAUGGGCUGUAUUCAAUCUGCCCUGAAAGUUUUUGUUUAGUUUGACACAUUAAAAAAAAGUUCUUCGUAAAAUCAGAAACUGUUCCUUCUGAGUUUGGGUGCUUACUUUGACCUCACAUGACAACAUUGUACAAUUGCAGAUACAAAAGUGGGAGCUUAUUGCAUUAUAAAUGCAUACACAGUGUAUCUGAACAGUGUUAAACAAGCUCAAACAAUGCCCUCUAUGGGAGGCUUACCAUCUGCAUUUACAUGUACGAAGUUAGCCAAAAGUCUGCUAGCUUGAUCUUAAAAAACAUGGAAAUCCUUAUUUAAGUUAAGAUAAGGUAAGCUUUUUUUAAUCCCACAAGGGGAAGUUCCCAUUUACAGUUUAUCCUUUCCAAGAAACAUACAGUAGACAGAUACAUACAGGCUGACACAUUUACAGGCUAACGGAAUUAGCAUUGCCAUUGUGCAUGCUUUUCAGUUGAAAAAAAUAAAUGAAUACAUACAAAUAAAACAACAAUGACUGACUUCUACCGACAUAUUUAACAAAUAACAUCUAACACAUCCAACCUAAAACAUAUUUCCAAGGCUCUAAGAGAUAAGUGCUACUUGCUGUGUCACUUAUUCUAACUGAUGAAACUAUGGUAGUCUGAAAGGCUCAAAAAACCCAAACUCAUUUUGCUAUAAUGGCACCAUAUCAGUGUUAAUUUUAUUGAUUAAUUAUUUUCGUCAUAGUUCUCAUUAACAAUAAUUUUCCCCUGACCAAAUGAGACAGUAUCUAAUAAAAACAAACAUGGACAAAAACUAGAACAAAAUUAACUGAAACUUUCAUCAACAAAUAACAAUGAGAUGGAAAUAUUUGACAGAGAUUUACUUGAAUCAGACUUAAUUUUGUCAUGUAUAAAGUAGGGAUAAGUUAGGAAUACAUUCAUACAUCACAACUGCGAUAGUUACAUGGUCAGGAUGAGUUGGGGAGAGAUCCAAUCAGAGCUUCUUUCUUUAGGAGGUUAGAUUUUCCUCUGCAAGGACAGAGAUGUCUGUACGAUGCACACAUCUCACAGCUCAUCUUAUGGCUUCAAAAAGUAAUGGUACUGUGUAAUAGCAUUUUUAACACAAAAAAAUGUUAAAAUAGAAUGGUUGUAAUUUUGUCAAUGACCAAUUUUGAGUAAUAUGUCGUAAGGUUUUUUUUUUUUUUUUUUUCUUUCUUUAAAGUACAAAUCUGAUGGUGAGGGGUUUCCUUUUAUAGAUAUUUUUCUUACAACAUAAUUGAGUACUUCAUGUAAAAACGUUUGACAAUAAACACAGCAAAAAUCAUUAUUUAAUACUUUACAAUAACAGUAAGCAGGGUUCAUAGGAUUUUAGCCUACUUUGUCCUUGAAUAUUUGGGGUAUUUCAGGGAUAAUUCAAUGUUUGUCUGUAAUUGACAAUUUAUAUACUCAUGGAGAGCAGGUUUACUGUUUGUUGUAAAUUCUAGUAUUGUUACUGAGAUCCUUUACCAAAUAGCCUAAAUAAAGGUGACUGCAUUUCACAUAAAAGUUGAAUUUGUGUCUGUUAAUUAAUACAUUCAAACUUUACUUGAAUCCAAUAAAGGGUAAUUAUAAGUUUCAUUAUAUCCAAGUGUAAAACAUGACUUCAGAAAUUCAAGGAAACAAAAAGAAGGCCUUACCCUUUACACAUUUUUAGUUGACUAAGUUCACAGCAGAUUUCACAGGCGAAAAUGUUGUGAACUUUAAUAAACUAAAACAAGACUAAAAUUAAAACAAUCUACAUGACUAGAUUAUGACUAAAACUAUAAGAUAUUUGAGGCAAAAGAAUAUAACUAAAACAAAUAAAUAAAAAAGUGCUGUCAAAAUUAACACUGCCCUGCAUGCCCACAGGGGGGCAACACAGGUGAUAAAAGAGACCUGAAAAGGGCAGUGAGGCGUCUCUGUAAUGUAUGACCCAACAGACAAAGUCUAUAUAUGUCAUAUUUAACACCUGUAACUGCUUUGAAGGGUUAGGCAUACUCAUGAAACAACCACAGCCGAUAUUUACAGGAUUCAUCAGUUUUGUCAAUUAACGCCACUAGAACCAGACAAAAUCGAGUAUGACUGGAAAACUGUUGGUAUGUCUCUGAAAAGUGCUGCUGCUUCCAAUCACAUCGUCUCUGCAUGAACUUGCCUCAUCCAGUUUUUUUAUGACUUGUGUCAGCAGCAUUCUCUCUCUCGUUCUCCGACUCCCUCUCUUGCUGGCGUUCUUCAGCUUGGUGAUGCUGAGAGCACAACAGCUGUGCAGCACACACCAGUUGCCACUUUUUAACUUUUUUUUUUUUUUUAUAAUGAACGGCUGUCAGUGUUUCUGUCCUCAGAGUGCAAGAAAUGGAGCUGAGUGGAAGAAAUAAUUUGCAGUGACAUCAGUUGGCAUCCAUAUGUGGUGCAUGGUUUGGUGAAGGGAGCUUAGGUGGGAGGCAGCAGAGGGAUCCUGCAAGGGAAUAUUAAAUAUGAUUUACUAUCUAUGCUGAUGAUACAGUCAUGCAAAACACUGAUAGCUUGGUACUUUGGAAAUGGUGCCUUUUUUUGCAUCAUGCUAAUACUUCGUAGAGGAACUGUACUUUUUAUGUCAACUUUGGUGCCCCCUGUGGACAAAGCAGCUUUUGCUUAUCUUGAUCUCUACAUGCUUAAGUGUAAUUUCUGACAAAUACUCUCACCCUGCUGACUUUUAACGGUCUAAUUUAUCAUUUAUCUUCAAUUUUUUUGCAGGAAUUGUAAACAGGGCUGUCACUUACCCCCUCACACCGGCCUAACUGUCAUAGUCACAGGUUGAAAAUCUGCAGUUUAUGGGGUCGCUUUUUCAACCCUCACACCCAGAGUUAUUGACAUUGUAUUGUUGGCUAGCUAAUACUAACAUUAACAUUCGUCACUAAACAAUCAUUACACAUUAUGCUCUUUUCUGUGAUGGACUUAACACAUUGGAAACAUAAUUUUGAAGUAUCUUUGGGCCAAAAUAUUAAAGCAAUAAUUUGCACAUAUUUUCUGUUUUGCGCCAUAAUUUUACGUGUGAGUCUUGGCAGUAUUAGCAUUUACUCAAUUUAAACUGCUCAGUUUACUUCCUAGUGUUUCCUCUGUACACAGCAGUUUGUUAAUUUCAAGUGUAUCACAGUCCUGAGUGAUCUCCUGCUGAAAGGAGAUCUGAGCCAGGAGGUCAGAGCAUUGCUCAGGGGUCAAUGGUAAUUUGAUAUCAGUUGUAAAAGGAGAGAACUCUUCACUUCCACUUUAUCUUCCAAUUGCUCACCGGUGGAGUGGGGAUUCGAUCCGACAGCCUUCUGAUUGCAAGCUCAUUCGCUCCCCAUCAGCCUGCCCCACUUCAUGGUUGCUGCUGUCACUUCAUUCCAGUUUGACACGACAACUCAUUGGUCUGCAUGCGUUGCUGGACCAGAAGUAUUCAUUUAAUGUCUACGGCUAUUGAUUCUAUGGUUCUCACCUCCGUGUGGGCUCGCAUAUGUUCCCACUCAUACUUAAAGAUCCAUACAGAGCCUCAACUUCCCCCACACACCCCAUCGUCUGGCUCUGUUUUCCCUUCCUCUGCCUCCCUCAGUUAUUCAUGAGCCAUCUGCUGGGGCGAAUGGUGUGUCAGAUGUGUGUCAAACAGGACCUCAUCUGUCCUCCCUGUUCAUCUUCUAAUUGUGUCCUCGUGUGCACGCCAGAGUCGCCGCCGACACCUCAACAACACUCCACUAACCACCAAGCUACUCCAGCCCCACGCUCCAGUCCAUCGUGUCCCAGAUGAUCAGAUUGAUAUGAUGUGUGCAACAUUAUUUAAGAUCAGAGCAUCUGGUUCAUCAAUGUUGUAAGGACUAGGAACAAUCUGAUCUGUUUUUGUGGGCUCAUGCAUUGGCAUGUGAUGAAAUAAGUAGCUCUUCAGUUUCCAUUCAGCAGGAAUAACAUCAAAGUAAGACACCAACAAGAAGUAAAAUUAAACUGCACCAAGGUUAAAAAAGUUCUUGAACGAACGAGAAAGAAAUCAAAUUCGACCUAGAAGUUGGAAUAAUUUUAUUGAGACCAGCGCAGAGGAAGAAAACCAGCUCUUGAAGGCCACGCUCAGUGACGGGGUGAAUACAAAGGCCAUAAAAAGGCCAAUGUGGCCUCCUGAUCACAACCUGUUCCAUAUGAAUGUGCCCUAAACCAACCAAUCCUUCUGCAAUUCAGCAACGCUCUUGAAAGUGAAGAGCAUUUCUCCAGUAUAAUAAGACCUUUUCAUGGGCUUAUUAGGGGAGAGAGGUUCAAAGCAAACUUGAAUGGAAUAUUCUCCUGGUCUGCCAUGACAGCGUUACUGUAGGCUACUCUGUAAUUCACGUCCUCUCUGAAACUAGCACUUUAUCUCAAACUCCACUGAAGUUCAAAGAGGAGCACUGUUUAAAUUUAAAGUUUAAAUAAAGACAAAAAUGUUCAACUCAAAGGGAGGCCGACAUUUGCACUUUCAGGAAAAAAAAAUGAUGGUUUUGAAAAGGAUAAAGGACCUUUUUUUUUUCAUAUCAGCACGUAACUCCCACAUAAAUCAAUUAAUCGAACUCUGUGUUGCAUCAUCUUGUAUGAAAAGUGCAACACAAAUAAUUAGCUUCAAGCAAAGUCAGAGGUUGUGUUAUAAAGCCCUCGGUUACAGCAGUAUUUAGUCAAUAAAAACCUUUUAUGAGUAAGGACAACUGACUGAGAAAAAAGGAUAAUAUCUGUGAAGACAUGACGUUUAAAGAGACUGAAAUGUGGUCCUUUGUGCUGGUUGUCAUAAAAAGAAGGUGAGAUAAAGAGGAAGCAGCAGCCGCUGGCAAGCUAUCUGUAGCAUCCCUCUGUGAGAAUAUCGAGUACUUUUAAAACUCAUGUCCAAGAUUUAUUGUGAAUCCAGGAUUGGUCAAAACUCCCAAAUCAAUAAUGUUUCUGCUUAUCGAGUCUCGAGGCCCUGUGAAGUGAUGUCAUACUGUGAGCUAAGCUAGUCAUAUCAAUGGUGCAAAACAGCGAUAGAUUACCUGAGAAAGUGUUAAACAUGCAAAGAGGUCCAAAGUGUAGCUGCAUGAAACCAAAGACAAAUAUAAUAUGACUGAGCACAUCAGCAUUGUGCAUCAAGUCAAGCCAAAAACCUGCAGAACCUUUGACUGUCUGCUGCUUCUGCAGGGCCGCCAUCCUCCUCUUCACCCAGAGCCUACUCAGGGUAAACACAGCCUGACUUUAGAGCAAGUCCAGUUUGUUACAGGUUAUAAUCCAAUGUUGAAAUCAGCAGGAUAAAAGCUAAUCAGCUCACUAACCAAGGUGACAGAUGAAUGCACUGUGAGGUGUACAGGGUUGAGUCAGUAAAACAAGAGUUAGGCAAAAGUAAGUCAUAUAGUAUAAUAACGUGUUCAAAUGUCACAUCCAGGAACAGAAAACAUAAUUUUUGGAUAAGUUCAAAAGUUUAAGAGGAAAAAAAUAACAGAAAAGACUGACUUGUAACGUGUGGGUGACUUGUGUGCUGACUACAGCGCAGCAGGGCUGAAAAAGAGGUUUGCAAAUGCAUCAGGUGAACAAGGACUGCGAGCGAAGAGAAUCAAAGAGGGGACCAUCAUUCCUAAUAACCCUUCUCUGUAUGCUAAAAGUCACUGAAUGUGCAUAUGCUCAUCAGUGUGUCAUUUCCUCUUUGUUUAAUUUUAUGUCUUUGUUGCUUUUUUGUCUGACGCCAAGUCCAUGUCUGAUUAGAUAACAUUAAACCUUAAUUUACACAUAAAACUCCAUUUAACCACAAUUUAAAAAUGAUCAAGUGAGCCCACACAGCCGGGGAGCCAGGGUGACCACAUGUCAUUUGUUUUUAGCUUUGAAAAUGAGAAUGAGCAGCAGAAGGAAGAGCAGACGGGAGCAAAACAGUCAGCUAUUGAUGACAGGCUAGUAAGAACAGAUAUAAACACAUUCAUCUCAGACUAAUACAUAGAUAAAUAAGUGACACAGAAAGAGGCAGCCGAGUCCCAGUCAGCUGUCUGUCCACACUCGGAUCAGACAGAAACAUGUUCAACAAACACUAAAGAACGUCCCCACAGAUCCAGAACCUGGGGGGGUAUCCAGAACACCCCUGUGUGGGGACCGCAGGUCUUAAUAAAGUUUGAGAAUUAAAACUCACAGCCCUUUACAUCAUGUCAUUUCCCUUUGAUUAGCACAGUUAGGUACUAUUUGUCACCUGUGCUCCACUCCACUUCCAAAACCAGUAGGUGCCAAACAGAUGUGAAGCAUGCCAUUGGCUUAUAAGGAGGCAGGCCCAGUGGAAGGUACUAAGUAUUUAAGGGGUGGACAUGAGAAAUAAGAAGGCUCUUUUAAUGGUAAGCUAGGUAUUAACUUUAUUUUCAUGCAUUUGGAUGUGAAUUUGUAACCCCAUUACUAAUGUUUGGAGCAUAUGAAGACCAGAUAAGGGCCCAAGGGGUCAUAAUUGAUCACAAAUCAUUGACCCCUGACUCUUGGUAGGAUCCAGUUGCUAUAAAGUAAGAGGUCUUUUGGAGAUUAUUAUUUUUAAGUGUUGCAAGAGCCCCACACGAGACGUUACCCUUUUUUUGUCAUCUUUCCUAACUUUUAGUUUUUUUGCACAUAUUGUUAUUUCCUGACUCUUAGACCUACAGGUCAGUUAUUUUACCUCAAAUAGAUAAACUUGGUUUGCAAUUUUGAGGUCCAUGUUUUGAAGCUGUGGACCUGCCUGCUCUCUACCAGCUUCAACUAUCAUCAGUCUCAUCUCUGUCCAUCUCUCUCUGUUUCUUCAUCUUCCUCUCACUCCCCUUUAAAGCCAGCUAAGAUUCAGCAGAUGACUGUCUGACAUAGGUCUGGUUCUGCUCAAGGUUUCUGCCUGUUAAAGAAAGUUCUUCCUGUCCACUGUAACUUGCUAAAGGCUGCAUAGUGCUACACUCAUGUGGUUGAAGACGGGAUGAGAUUGGGCCUGAUCUUAAUCUAAUCCCAUCUUUAUGUUGGGUCUUUGAAAAUAGAGUAUGGUCCAGACCACACAGAUUAUUUUUUUGGAUUCUUGUGAUAGUAACACAAAAACAACCAACAUUACAAAAAACUUUUUUCAUACACAACCCAGUCGCCUCUUCCCUCACUUCCCAAACUAAAUGGAGUAUUAAACAGAUAAUCUCCAUCUGUGAGGUGAUUAUGUAAACUAGGGGGCCUGAAGGUCCUGACAUUAUGUAGAAAAUAUCAGGUGUUCCUGUGUGGAAAGGGGUCACAAAGUUAAAAUUAAUCAUUUUAAGGGGUCAGAGUCGUACCAAGGAGCGUGGGAUGUGAUCUUUGUUUCUGCAUUGACUCCUUAGAGGAAAAGUGAACUGUGAGUUUGUGAGUCAUUGCUGCACCAAGUGAUUGCCCUUUAUUACCCGCAGCUCACAAAGUCAUUUAUAGCUUCCUUGGCGCUGCUAAAAUUGGGCCACAUACAACUGUCAUAUCCAAUACACUUACUCUAAGUUAUUUCUUUCAGAGAGAUAUAAAAACAAUUUAUGUAUGCAUGGUCGGAUUCACACAAGAUACAUGACCUUAGAGAGAGGGAUCAUGACUAUAUUAAAUGCAGGCCUUCCUCUGAGCAACACAAUAAUGUAUGAUUUUAGAAAGGAGGCCAGGAGGUCCCUCUGGAGAGCCACUGUGAUUCAUCUCUGACAUAGACAUCACUUCCACUCGGGGCCGAGGGGAUAACGCUGUCAUGUUAGCCUCCCCUGCCCAAUCCUGGGCCCUUCAAAGUAAAGCCACCGUGAUGAAUCUGAGGCUCAUCUCAAUGCCGUCCUGACAUGCCCUCUGUGUUCACUGCAAGUUUCCGAAUACGAGGAAGAGCCCUAAUACGUGUUGUAUUUACACAAUAAGACAAAGGGAGUGCUGGGAGUUUGUUUUUCCUGCUCUGAACAUGCCAGGGACUCAUGCAAAUGAGCGAGGAGUCUGGCAAAGAGAUGCACUCAUAGAAUAAGUAAACAAAGCCGUCUGAGCCCACUCGUGCCGCUCCUGUGGGCACCUCUCUGUUUUGUUACUGAAUGUUGUGUCCUCUAGCUGCAACAUGAGAUCUGAUUGCACUAUAUUUGGAGUGAAUCUGCAGAGUGAUGAUACCAUUUAUCUCCAUCACUGGCAACUUUCAUGCUCCUACUUGUUCUUCUCUCUGUAUUUAAUCUUUUCUUUUGACCACAGGACAGAUCUCUCUCCUGGAAUCCAUACUAAUAGAAUUCUUGAGCUGAUAAGAAAGGACAGAAUGGGUUUCACUGUCAUACUCCCUGAUUGUCGUCCCUGGAGCUCGUGUAAUAAAAUCAUAUCUUUACCUUUAGGAUACAAGCGAGGGACACUUAAAGGCCGAUGUCCAAUUUGUGGUGGAAGCCAAUACCAGCCUGACUUACAGUUAUGUCUCAACCAGCAACAUCACAUGGUUUUGGAGGAUUUGUUGUGACAUACAAUUUAAUAGGUCGAGCAAAGAAGCUGUAUCACAGACAAAAAAGUGGUUGUUUGAGAUUCUUUAACCUGCCGCACUCUGUCAAGGUGAAAUGGAAAAGGGGAAACUUAACCAGCGCUUCAAGUGAGCCAAAACACUCUAGUGAACAGUACUGCCACUUCUGAAUUCAACCCCGAGGUGUAACAAGGCUUUUUCAGUAUCCUAAAGAGUAAUUACUCAAAUUUUAAUUUUGAUUAUUAUUUUAUAAGUUGAACACUGAGUAUUUGUGCCUAAAGGGCCAAGGGACAAAGAAAGGUUUGAUCAGGGACAGGCCAUAGCGAAUGCUAUCAUGAACAGUGCAUCGAUCUAUAUCAUGGCACAAUAUAAGCCUACAAGUCCUGAUGCUACAAAAACAGAGGCAAAUGUAAUAAUGAUGAAUCAUAAAGAAGUGAGCUGAGUUGUGGAAAUAAGAGCGGAAUCACUUCUGUUGUAAAUCACUUGAGUUGUACCAAGUUAGUUGCCAUCCACUGUUUGACACAGAGGAGGCAGUUAGGAGGGAUCAAACUGAGAUUUUGCUUAAAGGGAAAUCAGGGUAUCAUCUGCAUAGAGCUGACAUGAAAUACUGUGUUUUUGAGAAUGGAACCUUGAGGGAGCAUGUCGAGGGCAAACAGGAUAGGCCCUAAUAUGGAGCCCUGAGGCACUCCACGGGAAAUUCUUGAUUUUUUGUUAGGAUCUACACAAAGUAGUUGCUAGUCUUCCUUGGGUCCACACAAAAAAUAAAAAGGGAUGAGAGCAGAUGUAAAGUAACUGGAAAAUUGAACGGAAAAGGAUCUGUAUGUGGUGUGCGAUCCUCCUGUACUCACAAGAUGCUCAAGAUGUUUUUAGAGGAUUGAGCGGUUGACUGUGUGAAAAGCAGGGACAAGGUCUAGCAAGAUAAGUAUUGCAGACAGUGUCAGUGAACAGCAGGGGGGCAUUGCAGACUGUAAGCACAGCUGAUGUCACAGCAUUAUUUUCUCAUCUUUUAACUACAAAAAGCUAGGGAGUAGUACUCAAGACUUGUUUACUCAUACUGGUUGCAAAAUACACACACCAACAAGUGCAGAAGGGGUGUGUUAGCACUUGUUUUUUUUUUUUUCUGUUAAAAGCACUGGACUUAACUGAAAGCUGAAGAGGCCCCAGUGUCAGUCAGGUGGAAACAAAGAGGCUUGUCUGGUCCUAAACUGAGUGGAGAUAGCUACUGGGGUAUAAUACAGCUCUCAGAAAGGAUGCUACUGGCAGGUUGUGGAGCAGCAAAGCAGUGUUCUGAGCCUUGUUUUGACACUGCAGAUAGGAGGAAGAUUAAGUGUUGAAACCAAAGCUGGCAGAAGACGAUAAGAAAUGGAUUUUUCUUUCAACCACAGCCUUGAUAUUUUUAAAGUUUGUGUUGACAAUAUCUAAGAAGACAAAAAGCUGUGUAUUAAUACUCGUGUAAUCGGUGCUUUGAUUUUGAUUUGAAGUAAAGGCAGGAUGGAAAUAAGAGGACAAGAGACAUGCAUCACUGUCUGGUCGAUAGUGUUAAGACAACACACAAGCCUCUGGGGUGGAAGGUGGGAGGUCUCGUUGAGAAGUCACACAGAGGUUAUGCAAAAGUGCUAUAAUGACAGUGUAUGAUACAAAGCUGGCAAGAGGGCAUGACUCACAGAUUUGUGUUUGCAUGGUAUGGUAAUGCAAUCAGUGUGAAGUAGAUUUAGAGAUGCUGUGAGUGAGAGGGGAAAUAAUUGGGGCGAUGUUGAUGACAUUGAGGGGCUGAUGGUGGCAUUCAACAGAUGCUAACAAAGACAAGAUGUAUUACACAGAGAGCCAAGGAAACCGGGCUUUGACUUGCAAUACGUGGGUGGAAAUAGCCUGUUAAUGAACAGACAGCAGAAGGAGGGAAAAAAUAAAGAUGGCGGAAGAGAUACACGAAGCGUGCAGUGUGAUAAAAUAUUGCUAUUGUUAGGCAGUACUGAGGGGGAAAAAGUGCUGCCAUGCAGAAAGAGUGGGAAGUCUUGACAGCUUUCCGGUGGCACUCUGACGGCUGAGCAGGGAGAUUGGAAGGAAAAUGCAGCAGAGGGCUGCUGUCAGGCCACACCAGAGCUCCGUUUAACAAGGUCCAGAGAUGAGCUGCACCACAACACAUAGCAGGAGGAAUGAGAUGAGGGAGAGGGGAGGUGGAGGGAGGGCUGAGUAAGGCUCAUGCAUUUUUUCCAAAGCUUUACUACCUGUCAUGCUUGCAAGCCUCAGAGCCCUCACAUGUGCACAGAGGCGGGGAUUGGAAAUCCUUAGGAAGGACAGGGGGAGGAUUCAGAGAUUUGGAUGAGCACCUGACAUUGUAGCCUGACAGAAAACCUCACAGUGACACUUUGAAAACAUUAUCUAGACAUGAAAGAUUGACUGAGCCCUGAUAGAUGCUCCUCAUCAGCCAUACAUGCACCCAUGUAAUGUCAGGAGUGAUCAUUCACAUGAGGUUAUCCGGCCCAUUUCACUCACCAUGCAGGAGGCUGAUCUGAACCAUGAAGAGAACAGGCAGAAAUUAUUAAUGAAAGCAAAUGCAGAAUAUGCCUCAAUUUAAACAUGGAUGCCUUCUGGGCAUACGCAUACAAGCUUUUUUACAAGCCUCCCUCAGAGCAUCACCACACCUCUUGUGUAUCUUGUCUUCAUGCUGCACGCAAAAGAAAAUGCUUCAGUCAAGCCUGUGCAGUGGAAACUCUGUAAACCUCUUUCCAUCUUGGCUCUAGGCAUCAAUCUUCUAGCCUGGCAUGAAAGCUUAUCUCCCAGCGUCAGGCUAAAUGUCAACCUCAGGAGCACUGAAACACCAUUAGUUAUGUCCGCCCUAUUAGAGGCAAGCUAAUUCCACAUAAAGCCACCCACCCAAUUUUAAAUGAGGCUGUCUUCACAGGACUCUCCACAGCUGUUCAGGGCUUCCUGUCGGCAGAGACAGCGGGGAGGGGAUAUGUCCCCAGAUCUAAAUAACAUCAGAGCUCAAAAACAGGCUGAGUCACUCAUGAGGAGGAUUUCCCGCUUUGUAGUAAUGAGCUGAGAGUUACCAUUUGAGAAGAAAAGUUCUGGGUUUUUCUUGGAAACUGAUGAUGUGGGCAUUUUCACUCGGCAUAAAUCAAAUCAAAUAAUACUCAUGCACAAGUUUUUCAAGAAGGUAGGAAGAUUUUUAAACAAGUUGAAUCUUUAGAGAACAUACCCACUAACGAACUGAUGUUUUCUCCUUUUGUCUCCAUAGGAGGGCGACUCCUGCUCCUGGUGAUGUGGCUGAACCUCGUGCCUCAAACUGACAGCUGCCCUGCCAAGUGUGUGUGCUACAGUGAGCCCAGACCCACUGUGGCCUGCCAACAACAAGGACUGUUCUCAAUUCCUACUGAGAUCCCUGUGCGGAGCCAGAGGAUAUUCCUCCAGAGCAACAAGCUAACAGUGGUGAGAUCCACCAGCUUCAGCUCCUGUCACAACCUCACCGUCCUCUGGCUUUACUCCAACAACAUCAGCUACAUUGAAGCUGGAGCCUUUUACGGCCUGGAAAAACUGGAGGAACUGGACAUUGGAGACAACAGCAAUUUGCGCACCAUUAGCCCUACAGCCUUUCGGGGUUUAACUAAGCUGCAUACCCUCCACCUGCACAGGUGUGGCCUGUCAGAGCUCCCUGUUGGAGUUUUCCGAGGAAUGUUUUCCCUACAGUACCUUUACCUGCAGGAUAAUAACAUUCUAACCCUGCAUGAUGACACUUUCCUGGACCUCGCUAACCUCACCUAUCUCUACCUGCACAAUAACAAGAUCAAGAUAGUGACGGACAACAUGUUUCGGGGCUUGAUCAAUCUGGACCGUCUGCUUUUACACCAGAACCGUGUUAUCUUUGUCCAGCCAAGGGCUUUUAGCGACCUGGGUAAGCUGAAAACCCUCUUCUUGUUCUUCAACAACCUUACUGUGUUGUCAGGAGAGACCAUGGACCCUCUGGUGACGCUUCAGUAUCUGCGGUUAAAUGGGAACCAAUGGAUUUGUGACUGCCGGGCGAGGACCUUGUGGGAGUGGUUCAAACGGUUCAAGGGUUCCAGUUCUGAGUUGGAGUGCAAUGUUCCCGAGUUUUUGGCAGGAAAGGACCUGAAACAGCUGAAGAGUGAAGACCUGGAUGGGUGUGUGGAAACGCCUAAAACUCAGACCAAUCUGUUCAGCAAGGCGCAGGCUGGGAAUUUCCCCUCUACCGAAAAUCCUCUUGGGGAUGCCAUUCCCAGGUGUUGCCUUGGAGACAACGACAAGUCCUCUAUACUUUCUGGCAAGAGCCGCCAAAUCACUAACAACCCUCUCAAGGAGAAAGAGAACAUGUCCAAGACUAAAUACAAGGAGCCGGAGAGAACGAAAAAUGAGACCCAGAAUAAGCAGAAUGAUGGACCGCUGGGAACCCUGUCCAACACACUGGACAAGUCUUUGGAAAAUCUAAACCCAGAUCUUCUAGACAAUAUGGAAUCAUCCACAGCGUCAAACAAAAAGAAAAAGAAGUGUUCAAAAAAGCCCAAAUCAGACGCCCACUGCGUCAAAGGCCGGGGUGCCACCUUGCAAGUGCUGCGCUCUCUUGUCAUUCCCAUGAUCUGGAUAUCUCUAGCCAUGUCUUAGGACUCCUGAUCUCACUCUAAACACAGAACUUAAGAUUGUUGAUGCUCAUGACAAUGAAAACAGAAGAUGCAGUGACAUCUACAACAGACAGGGACUGAAAAGCGAGGAGUCAUGUUGACCCCACAUGGGCAAGGACAAGCAAUGACCUGGACGUUAGAGUACAUUUAACAAAAUGGAUGCCUUUACAGAACACUACAGAUCUAAUGUAUAUAAUGAAUUGGUGCCCAAAAUUGUUUGUUCUCUAUGUACUUAACUGUACCGUGUCUAAGCUACACUUUGGAGACCCCUCCCUUUUUCCCUCUCAAAAGCUUUUACUGCUGAGACAGACGACUGGAAGGAUUAAAAAAAAGAAAUGAAGAAAAAAAACAAAAACAGAAAAUCAGAGAAAGAGCGCACACUAAGAAUGUUGGGUCCGUUUAAUGAAGAUAAACGAUUCCCCCCCCAUUAUUUAUUCAAAGUGAUGCAUUUGUUGGGUAAUGUUAUGUUUUUUUUUUUUUUUUAUGUUUAUAAAAACAGAUGUUUUACCUUCCCCAAUUUUUAGUUCUAUUUUCAUGAUAGAGAGGGAUUAUGGGAAGCAUUUUACCAAACGAAUGCUGUCGAUUUGUUCAUGGAGAUUGCAAUGGAACCAUAGAUAUGCAUUUUAUUUUACUUGUGUACAAGUAUGAAUAUAUUAUGAAUAAAAGUUCUUAUUUCGUAGAGUUUUGACAGCGUGGUACUUUCCAGGAAAAAAAAAUCACAAGUUCUCAUUUUCAGGUUUAGGUGAAUUUGUCUUUUACAGCCAUGAAAUGGAUGGCAGGAGUCUUUCUGGCCGUAUUUAAGGCAACAUAUCAAAUGUUAAAACUGCAAAACUUGGUCUUAUGAACAAAAUAUGCUCAUUUUUAAAUGUGAUGCUUCCAAAGUCAGGACAGGGUCAUGUUUUCCAUUGUGUUUCAUCACCUCUUCUUUUAACAACAUUCUAUCAUAACUGGUCUACUUUUGGUGAUGCAUUAUUCAUAUUGGUUAUGCUAGAUCUCAGUGUUUAACCUAACAGUAAAACUUGAUUUACAUGAGGAUUAGAGGCCACAACUCUGAAAUUUUGAGGCAGUGAUUUUAAGCACUUGCAGUGAUUUCCACCAGAAGUCAUCUCUGUUUUUACUGCAGUGUUACCUGAGGACCUAAAGCCAAAUCCUUCCGUAUUUGAUGAUAACAUGAGCCAUAGUUGAUGAAAUCCUCAAUCUCUGUUAAAGUUCACACUGAGGACAAUUACUUUGGACUUGUGUUACUGUUUCCUGCCGCAGUCUCUCACAUAGUGGCAAACACUUUCCCAUUUUUACUCCUAAGGGACUCAGUCUCUCUGUAAAGCCCUUUUUUAUACACAGUAAUGUUACAUAGUUGUGGCUUUUUGUUUGUUUUUUCAACAUUUAAACUAUUUUUAAUUAAAGCUCCUGUAAGGAACUUUGGCACCCCCUGUGGACAAAGUUGGUUUCUACAUGCUUUGACGGCAUCUUCAGGAAAAAAAUCUAAUCCUGUUGACUUUCAACAGUUAAAUGUAACUAAAUGUGAAUACUUCUCGUAGGCACUGUAGAGACAGGAUGUUUUAACAGUUGCUCAGCUGAUACCUAUGGCCCUUUGCACAAGUUGGAGGGACCAAAAAUUGAAGUGUAAAAAUUAUCAACCCAGCCGCUGAUGCCGUUUCUGGCUUUUGUUUAUCAUAAAAAUGAAUUAAAAAAAAGUCAGUCUAUUUUAUAGAUGUCGAUUUUCUAGUUUUUCAACAAUGGUUGAAAAAAAAAACACUCAUAUGUCACUGCCUCAGCACUUUAGAAGAUGGAAGUAAAGACAAUUUCUGGGCUUCUUGUACCAAAAAAAUGCAGCUCAUGAUGUUCUUUGUGCUGCACUACUUAAUGGGGGGGCAUGAAAGAGAACUGUUGAUUAACUCUAAAUAAAUAACACUGCUGAAUGCUUGCCAAAUUGUAUUUGAAAUUACAAAAUGCAUUUGAAUUCAGCAAUAGCAGCAACUCAUUAUGUCUCACUAGCCACAGCGAGAGCCAGACUCCAGUCUUCCUCCCAAACAGAUGGUGGGCCUACUGUGGUGUGUUCAUUGUCUUCAAGAUUGUUGUGAGAGAGACGGCUGACUGUUUCUUCAAAUCUGGCCUAAUCCCCAAACCUCA